GGCCAUCCGGGCACUUUGGUCAGCUGAUCAAAACACGGAAGUGCUGUGCAGAUUUAAACUUUUCAGUGGACCUGAGCAGGAGGAGACUCCCCGAACAGUAAAUAUGUGUCUUUUCGUAGAUUUUUGAGGAAUCCUCCGUUUUUUAAACUUAACGGCGUGACUUUACGGUUUGAAAGUGGUUCCGCUGUAACUGUGAGUACCGUUUAUUUAGUUUUAAUAAUAUUUUGUUGGUUUAUGAUUAAAAAAAUGGCAGAAUUACUGAUGUUGAAGCAUUUCCUGGGUUAAAUAUUACCUUUCAGGGUACACAGACAUGAUCUAUGGUUUCAGGAGCUACAGUUUACCCCCGGUAGUUUUUUAAAAGUCCUUGAUGGGUUUAAAAAAGAAGAAAUUUACCUCAAAGCUCACAUUAUUCAGCACAAGGAGCUCAUUACUGUGAUUUAAACAUGAUUUUUAAAGCUGAAAUCUACAAAAGAGCUUUAAAUCACCUGAACACAUUUAUGAUCAGGUUCAAGUUGAAAUUUAAACAUCUUUUUCCAGUCUGGUUUUAUUUUUCAGUAUUUGUGCAUAUGAGUUAUCUCAUACAUUAACAAAGUAAACUAGGGUUAUCUCUGCUGUCACCUUUAUACUCGAACCCUGACCCAGUUCAGUCCCCUCAGUUUUGAGGUGGUUGUCAGAAAGUAUGUUGCUAACUUAAGAGCAGUAAGAUGUACUUGCAAUUGUGGGCAGGAAAUCAGCAGGAAGAGAAAGUUUUUCACUGAAGCUUUAGGAUUUUUAGAUAUAAAAUCACUAAAAUUAAAUGAAUGAUAUGGAAUAUUCUUGUUCCUCCAGUGUGGCUCUCAUGGUUUUUCAUGUUUUUAGGGGUCCACCCUUGCCCUAAAACAACAUUAAUGAAAAUAUUUAAAGUGAUUGUUUGAUGAUUUUGCUUUCACUUUUCUAUUUUUUUCGUACAAAAAAGCAGCAUAUAUUUUUAGGAGUUGUAACUCUGUGUGUUUUUCUAUUUUAAUUUCCAGCAGAGGGCCCGGUCGGGCUGCAGGUCGCUGAUGAUGACGGCGAAGGUGUUUCGCAGUCCAGCCCGUCACGGUUAUGCUGUGGAAGUGUCUCCGUUUCUACCGAACAGAGUGGCCUGUGUGUCCUCCCAGUACUACGGCAUAGCUGGUUAGUGCAGCACAGUUAUGGUGGUUCAUACGCCUCAACAGGAAUUAGAGCUUCAAUCUAAAAUAAGUGGAUGGAUGUAGAUGCUCUUAUAGAACAUGAGGGUUAAUUAGUGUUGAAGUAAAUCUCAAGGUUUUUUGGUGUUUCUGUUCAUUAAACCCUCAAAGACAUCUGCAGAGUUUGCUGCAUUUUUAGGUUGAUCUGAAUCCAGCACUAGCGUUUAUCAUCAUGACCAAAUCCCAGACUCUGCAGGUCUUAAACACCAUAAACUGGCUGAAUUACUAGAAACACUGCUGAGUUUAUGGUCUAACAAACAUGCAGCUUUAGUGUGGAAAUGGAAUCUGUUGCAGAGGUAAUGGAAAUGUACAAAAACUGAGCCAUGAAAUAAGUAAGUUUGUGGAGGAGUAGAGCAUGUCCUUUUGCAGAGUAACAGAGUUAGAGACUGUUUCAGUAUAUUUUUAAAUUACCAAACUGUUCAUUCAUGUUUUAAGUUAGAGCUUCAAAAGUUCUUGAAAUUAACCCCCAAAAUAUGCUUUUUAGGUUGUGGCACUUUGCUGGUUCUGGAUGAGACUGAAACAGGAGUCGCUUUAGUGAGAAGGUAAAGUUUCUUUUUCUCUUAAAUAUUUCUUUAUUGCAGUUUUUCUCUCUCUCUAUAACCUAGUUUAUUUAUAUUUUUCUUAUUUAUUUUUUAAUAACCUAUUAUUUUUAUGUCUUUCAAGGAGGGGACACACUUUUCACAAAGCCUAAAUUUUAAGCUUACUGUGUAUUUUUUGCUCUGAGGUGUCUUUUUUUUUUUUUUUAGCUCCAUUUCUGUUUGUAACGUAAAGCUAGUUUAACUCUUCUACAGAUUUUAAAGCUUUAACAGGUUUUUUUUCUUGCUGCAUUUCAUGUCUGUGUCUGUGUAUGUGUGUGUGUUAGCUGGGAGUGGAGUGAUGGCCUGUUUGAUGUUACCUGGAGUGAAACAAAUGAACACAUCAUGGUUGCUGGGGGUGGGGACGGCAGCCUGCAGCUGUGGGACACAGCCAAUCCCAACGCCCCUCUAAGAGUCGCCAAAGAACACACACAAGAGGUGAGAAAUACACACACACACACGCACACACAUGCUCAUACACAGGAUGGAUCUAGCUUUAACUGACACUUGCACCUGUGUGUGCAGGUGUACGCUGUGGACUGGAGUCAAACUAGAGGAGAAAACCUCAUUGUCUCCGGAUCGUGGGAUCAAACUGCUAAAGUUGUGCGUUUUUUUAUUUCCUCUUCUUUUCCACGUUGUGUCCUUUGAUUAUUGAAUGCUUUUGAUAUAUUAAGUUUGUAUGUUUUUCCCUCCACAGUGGGACCCUGCUCUCAGCCAAUCCCUGACCACUCUAAGGGGUCAUGAAGGGGUCAUCUACAGCACCAUCUGGUCGCCUCACAUCCCAGGAUGCUUUGCUUCAGCCUCAGGUGAGUCUGCACACGAAGGUUCAGAGGUUGAAAAAGGAUCAUUUUGGGAUGAUUUUGACCAACAUAAUUUCUGCACUCUGUUGCACUGUUGGAGUUAGGAGUGAAUUUUCUCAGAUUUAAUCAAAGUCCAGAUGAAUUAACGUUUGUUUAGGUCUAUCACUGGGAAAACUGUUCACACACGCUUAGGGGAAAAGAUCUGUGCGACCGGACAACAGAUACGUUUUUACUAUGAUGCUGUUUGGUCACAUUUGAACAGACAGUUUUAGCCUCUGUACUCUGCACUUAAGUUAUAUGUCACUAGAUGGUGCUGUAGCUGUUUAAUCGUGGUGGGACUCUGCAGCGUUUCAUUCCUCAUCACACUUUUAGGACUUUCCUUCAGGCUGUAAAGAUGCAGCUGCUCAAAAUUCGGCUUUAGGUCAAAAACUGAAACACAUUGUGAUGCAGUUUUAUGUCUGUAUGUUUCUGUGUUUUCUAAAUUGAAUUACAGUUAGUUUAGAGAUUAUCACACAGUAUUUUGUUAGAGAUGUGCUUCGAACAGAAUCUGGAUUUGAUACACUGAAUUAUGUGUCUAUGUUGUGCAAACAUGACAUAUCACAUGGUUUAUUUGUAUGAGCUGUGUGCCUUUUAUUUGAUAGGACAGACUGAGAGAGACAGAUAAUGCAUCAAAUCAAAUUAAUAAAAAUGUUUGAUCAUUUUACAUUUGUUUUCAAAAAGUUUGUACAGGGCCAACCAAACAGGUGAAAAGUUGUUAGUAACAUUACUGAUUAUAAAACGGAUGUUUAGAGACUCUGAGUCUGAACAGGAGAAACACUCGAAAAGACUCCAAAUAUUAAAAAAACCUGAGUUACACAGGUAGGAACAAAAAAACAACAGCCCCUCUUCUCUCCUUCUCUCCUUUUCUCUCCUCUCCUAGUUUCCUCUCCUUUCCUUUCCCCGUGUCCUCUCCUCUCCUUCUCUUGUUUUAUCUUCUCUCCUUCUCUCGUUUCCUCUCCUCCCCUCUCCUCUCCUUGUCUUGUUUCCUCUUUUCUUUUUCCUCUCAUCUCAUUUCCACUGCUCUCCUUCCCUCAUUUCCUCUGCUCUCCUCUCCUUUUCUCCUUUUCUCUGCUCUUGUUUCCUCUAGUUUCCUCUCCUCUCCCCACCUCUCCUUCUCUCCUUUCCUCUCCUCUGCUCUCAUCUCCUCUCCUUCUCGUUUCCUCUCCUCUCUUUCUCUCAUCUCCUUUACCCAUUUCCUCUUCUCUCCUUCCCUUGUUUCCUCUCAUCUCCUCCCUUCUCCUCUCCUUGUCUUGUUUCAUCUGCUCUCCUCCUCUUUUCCCAUUUUUUCUCUACUUUCCCUGUUUCCUCUCCUCUCCCCACCUCUCCUUCUUUCAUUUCCUCUGCUCUCCUCUCCUCACCUUUUCUCCUUUUUUCUCCUCUAGUUUCCUAGUUUCUCCUCUUGUUUCCUCUCCUCUACCCACCUCUCCUUCUGUCAUUUCCUCUCCUCUCCUCUCCCUCUGCUCUCCUCUCCUCACCUUUUCUCCUUUUCUCUCCUCUUGUUUACUCAUUUCCUCUCCUCCUCCCACCUCUCCUUCUCUCAUUUUCCCUCCUCUCCUCACAUCUCCUCUCCUUCUCGUUUCCUUUCCUCUCUUUCUCUCAUCUCCUCCCCCCAAUUUCCUCUCCUCUCCUUCUCUUGUUUCCUCUCCUCUCCUCUCUUCUUCUCUCUCUGUUUCCUCUCCUCUCUUUCUCUCAUCUCCUUUACCCAUUUCCUCUUCUCUCCUUCCCUUGUUUCCUCUCAUCUCCUCCCUUCUCCUCUCCUUGUCUUGUUUCAUCUGCUCUCCUCCUCUUUUCCCAUUUUUUCUCUACUUUCCCUGUUUCCUCUCCUCUCCCCACCUCUCCUUCUGUCAUUUCCUCUCCUCUCCUCUGCUCUCCUCUCCUUCUCUCAUUUCCUCUGCUCUCCUCUCCUCUCCUUCUCUCGUUUCCUUUCCUCUCUUUCUCUCAUCUCCUCCCCCAAUGUCUUCCCCUCUCCUUCUCUUGUUUUCCCUCCUCUCCUCUCUUCUUCUCUCUCUGUUACCUCUCCUCUCUUUCUCUUGCCUUUUUUCCUCUCCUUCGCUUGUUUCCUCUGCUCUCCUCUCCUUUUCUCUCCGUUUCCUUUCCUCUCUUUCUCUUGUCUUUUCUCCUCUCCCUCUCUUGUCUCCUCUCCUCUCCUCUCUUAUCCUCUCAUUUCCUCUCCUCUCCUCCCCUCCCUUCCUCUCUCUCCUCCCCUCUCGCUCUAUCGAGGAAGUGAGGUCCAGAAAUGAGCUCCAUUCAAACACAAUGAAGUCAAUCACUUUGUACCCGGGGGAGCUCUGGGAUUAUCUCCUCCGUCUGUGUGGGAGCGGACCAUGAUAACUCCAUCAGAGGGGUGGAGUCGAGCUGCUGAUGCUGCUCAGAUUGCAAUCCGGCUGGAGUCCAAACUCUGCUGCAGCUGUCUUCAGCUCAGGACCAGUUUUUGAGGCGUGCUUUAACAAGUCAGCUAAUGACUUUGGUUAAUUGGUUUGAGAGAGCGAGCGGAAAUGUGGUGGGAUGAGAUUUGGGAAGCAGGAGGUUAAGCUCCUGUUGCUCAGGGAGUUACUCAGGGUUCAACAGAGUGACCUGUAAGAUUUCAUUUUCAUUUUCAUACACAGAAACUGUUACCCGUGUCAGAGACUUUACUGUGCCAAAUCUGCACGUUUUUAAAGCUUUAUAAUGUUACAAGGAGGCAAAUACUGUUUCAGAGCCUUUGUUAAUUAUUGCAUCAUAUUAUAAAAGCAGUUUCUUUUGGACUAUUACAGUUUGAUCAGAUGGGAAGCUGUCAAAGAGUAACAGCAUCAGUAACAGGUAGAAUAAGGCACAGUUUACAUGGAGUUACUACUACCUGGUGAACUAAAGUCAUAUGCGUGUCACACCUAAUGUUAGUCUUUUAGUGUUGAUAAUCACACUAAAUCAGUAAAGUCUUUAGUUCACUCAGAUUAGGGCUGGGCAAUAUGGCCUUAAAUCAAUAUCACCUUAUAUUGAGCAGUUCACCUUGAUUACUAUAAAUGGACGAUAACUACUCCACAAGCUGCUGACCCCCUCCCACAUUAACUACGUCUACUUCAGUCGCCGCUCUAACUUUUGAACCGUCCUCCAUCUCCUCACCUGUUUUUCCCUCUUUGCUACAGACUGGAUGGGGUGGAGUCACGUCUCUGAUGUAGAACAGCGUCUGAAAGGGACAUGAGACCAUAGCCUACCUACACACAUCCAAAACCAACUUUUAUUCAUUUAUUUUUUUUGACACUGUAUAUACUGAUAUGGGCAAAAAGACAUUGGUUAUUGUCGUAAAUUUUGGUAUCUGUAAAUUUUUGGUUUAUCGCCCAGCCCUAACUCAGAUUGACCAACAUUUCUGAGGCACAGAUAUGAAUACAGAUCAAACCAAAAAUCCAGCUUUAACAGAUUUUGGUUAGAAAAAGCUUUAGAAAAAGCCAAUAUGUUGACCUACGCUUUGCUGAUGACACCUGUUUUGAUAGGUUUCACUCAUUUUCCCUUGACGUUUUAAUCAGUCUGGGACCCACUUGCGGCUCAAAAAAACCCAACUUAUUAUUUAUCUUGUGGUGAUGUCUGUGAAAACCCUUAUUUCAGCUGUAUUUGGUCUCUGCCUGAUUCACUUCAGUUUGGUGGCUUUUCCACUGAUAUAAAUGUAGAUAGAGCUUGUCGGAUGCUAUUUUUUACACAGCUUUGUAGCCAUGAAACAACCCAAAAGUUAUGCCUUUGGAGAAAACAUCUAAGGCCAUCUCCCAAGCUCAGUCCCUGAUGUAUUAGGGCUGAACAAUAUAUUGUAGUAGUCACACAGCAGGAAGUGUGAUAUCAGUCACAUGACCUGAAGACGCCCUGCUUUCAUCUCGUCAUCCAGCUCGUACUGGUCUUUGUUUACAAAGGAGUCCACAGUGAAGCGGUGAGCACUAACAUGAUGUCCUAAAACAUCCAAACUUCCCGCUGUUUUGUGGAGCCUCCGUCUUUGGGAGAGAGAAUACAGCUGAGACGACUUAGAGAAACGUUAGAGUAAGACAGAAGCAACAGAGAGCAGAGAGGAGGGAAGCCGAGCAGGGAAAUAAACUUUCCGGGCGAGGGAAAAAUUGAAAGAGUUUGUCCUUGACGGGUGGAUGUGUCCUUAUCGACUUAUCAAGGCGAGAUCUUUAGGGCCAAAGCACUUCAGGGGUAGUUUGCAGAGGUUAAAUUUGGACCGCCAACAUCAUAACACACCAUUAUAGAAUCAGUAUGUACAGAUCAGCCUACUGUUUAAAAAUGUCCCUCUCUUUGUACAAGAUAAAAAACAGACACCCUCUAUUUAUAAAUGUUCACAGUCUCUAAUAUUUCAUCACCAUGAAACAGUGAAAACCUUAUCUAGAGCAGGAACAUCUGGGCUAUAAAAGUAAGGAUUGGUUGUAGUAAUUGAAUCGCAGGUUUGCAGGUGAAGUGUUUGUUAUGUUUUGUUGCAGAGAGACGGAUCAGAUAAGCCGCGCAGUGAAGCUCUGGAGCUCUGCUAAAUGAUUUACUGAGCUCUGACGUCCAUAAAGAAACAAUCACUGUGGACAGACUGUCCAUGUGAAGCAGUUAUAGCUGUUUAUCUCCAUGUUUACAUCUGAUCUGACGCAUUAACCUGCAGGCAGAUCACUGAAACUCCCACAGAGUCAAACUUUAGUCAAAGAUUUACAGUUUUGAGCUGCUGUAGAUGCACUUAAGAUCAGUCCUUUUGCACAGUUUACCAUAGUUUCGAAGCGUGAAGACGAUGAAGCAGCUAUGAUUACACCUUUCUAAGAACAAACAGAGACAGCAGAGAGUUUGCAGAGAGCAGAUUGGUGUUAGCAGCACAGUUGACGUGUGUUUUACUGCAGCAGCCUGAGGGGAAGGUGAGGAGCUCCUCUCUGCUUUCUGACCUGCAGCAGCGGUGAUACAACACCAGAACAAAUUGCCCUCUGUGUUUAUCUCCCUCUGUGUUCCUGCAGCCCGCUCUAAUACAGCCUGCAAUUAAACCGACACAGCUCAGCCGUUUGUCUUUCUUUUGUUCUUCCCUCUGUCUGCCUCCCUUUCUUUAUCUACUUCUUCCGUUUCCUGCUCUCUUUAGUUUUCUCUCGUUUCGUCCCUGAAGGCUCUGGGCUCACCGUCCUUCAGUUCAACAAAACUGUCCGGCACUCAAAGGGGUCAGAGGAAAGUAAUCAGGGAAAAAACUCACUGAUGGAGCAGAUAGGCUGCAGAGACAUGGAGAGAGUUUGGCACAGAAACAUCGUUAAAAAGGAAGAAUUACUUAGAGAACAUUUCAUGAAGUGAAUUUUUGCAGUUUUUCUUCUUCUGCAUGAGAAUUGCAAGCAAAGCGUUUCUUGCAAUGAUCCUCAAAUUGAGUCCUGGAGUGAACUUUUUUACUGAGGGGUUCUACUCCUGAACUUUUUGGUGAUAUUUAGGGGAACGCCAUUAUGUUGUUUCACGGUGUCACAAAGGUUCGAAAGGCGUUAGCUACUUCGUUUAUUUUGUUUUCCUGAUGGGGUUGAGGUGAGGUUUGUUUUUCUGUUGCUUUUAUUUUGAAGGUCUGUGUACUUUGAAAACAGCUUUCAUUGGUGUGUGUGUUUCUGCGUGUGAAGCAGUCAACCUGUAUUUGAUGGAUGUCUGCGAUUAAUUCAUUAUUCAGAGGUGAGGUUACCUGGAACCAUUAACAACAUCAGCUCUGUGUGUGUUUGUGCUUCAGGGUUCCUUCUUUUCUUAAUGGGCCCCUGAUGAAAAACUAAAGUUGGAAAAUGAAAAUAGCAACUACGUUACAGAUCAGCAAUUUGCAUGAUGGGCUGUUUCAGACUCUCCUCAUUUUAAUCUGAUUUGGCUUUUAAACUAGUGCUGCCACAAAUGAUUAAAUGAUAAUCUGACUAUGAUACUUUUUGUGAUUAAUCGGAUCGUAGUGGUGGAAUGCUCUUUACUUGCACUGUAACAGAAGAGCGUAACUAUUAGCGUCUGAUUACAUUCCAUCAAACAUGAAUAUGACAUCGUUUUUAUAUCGUUACUACAAACACAGAAGUUUUAAGGUAAAUGAAAUCUUCAAAUCGUCAGCCUUACUAUUAACAUUUACACGUAAAGCUUAAGCUAUCUUGCUUAAAAAUGUUGACGGUAAUUGUAUUAGCAGCUGAUAAGCCAACUAGCUUAUCGAGGCAACGGUCCUUCUCCGGCGUCCUUUUCAUUAGCCAACCCAACGUGUUUUCUUUUUAAGUGCUAGUCGUGCUGCCGUGAUAAGCAAGCUCUACCUUGCAGAUCUUGCAUUUCACGGACUUCUCCUCUACAUUUUUUUUGGUAAAAUGCUCCCAAACACUGGAGCUAUGCGUCCUGCUCACCAUUGUUACUGAGUUGUAGAGACGUUAGAUGUCGACUUCUAUGAGCUCUACUGCGCAUGUGUUGUCCAGGGCAAGGCGGAAUUAAAGAAAAACGAUUACGUCGAUUACUAAAAUAGUUGUCGAUUAUUUUGAUUGUUGAACUUUAAUCAAUUAAUCCUGGCAGAAACACAAAGAGAGGACACUUUUUUCAGCACUGAAUCAAACUCCCCCCAGAAAAGGAAGUCUAUCAUUAUUGUUUUUACUGUUUUUAAUGACCUGAGCAGAUUUUUAAUCGCCAUCAUGAAGUGAGAAGUCUGGAUCUGUGCUCAAGUAAGCUGCGGCUCAGUUCACAGGCCCCCUAAUGCUUCUAUCAGAAAAAGAAGGUUUUGAUGUAUUUUACAGCUACUUUUUUUGGUUUUAUAUCUAACUAUUUAAGUUAUUCAUUGGCCUAUCUCCUGGCAGAUUGUAUAGAUUAAAUUAUUAUGAUAGAACAUGUUACUGCUUAAAGAUACCAAGUGUCUGAACAUAAUAAUAAGAGUCCAUCUGGCCUCACAUCCUCUCAGGGAAACAAUCAUAGCACCUUAAAAAGGUGGAACACACAGCUCUCUCUCACUCUCUCUCUCUCUCUCUCUCUCUCUCUCCCUCUGUCUCUCUCUGUUGGUGCGGCGGCUGGUGUUGAUAGUCGUCUUUUCUCACAUCAGAUUGGUGCUGCUGCCGGCAUCAUCACGGCUGAAAUGAGGAUAGGAGAAACAAUCAAUAGAGAGGAAAGUUUGUCCAUCUUAGAGGGUGUUUUCCACCAUCAAGCUGUGAGAAGCUGCUGAAAAACACUGACUGAGGGCAGCUUGGAUGAGUUUUAUGACCACUUUACACCAAAUCAUCUGCAUGGAUGAGGGUUUUCGUUCAGAGUCUCAUAAUUGUUAUUGAGAUGUAAAAAGAUUUUCUACGACAGAAAACAGCUUGAAAAGUUGUUGGGUGUAAAGCCAGUAUUACUUUUACUGCUCUCUGGACUCUCUUUUUUUGUGUUAUGACUGAUGUUCAUUAUUAAGGGUGUUGUAGAGGAUGGAUGCACAUGUGCAUCCUGGUUGGGGACCCACAAUGUUCCCUCUGGUGUGUCACAGUAACCGCCGACCAGCUGAUCUGGAAAGAAAAUUGACCUUUUACAAGUCCCUCUGAAUUUUGUUCCUUUGCCGUGAUCUCGGCCUCCUCGGUGGAGCUGCCCCGUAAACCCACAGAGGGUUGCGGCUCCACUGAAACGAUAAAAGUGAAGCCAGCUGGAGCUCAGGAGCAGAGAUGGGUUGGAAAUAAAUCCAAGGGUCCUCUGGUGCUUGUAACACUGAAGUUUGCUGAGAUGUGAUGGAGUUUUGUUUGAUGAGCUUGUUGUUCAAACUCACAAUGAAGCAGGGUGUGUUUUAAUUAGAAAUCCUGGAUUAAAGAAAUAAACGUAUACAACUAAUAUGUAGGGCUGGGCGAUAAAAGGAAAAAAAAUAAUUUUCCUUGUUAUCAAUAUAUAACAUGGUCAAUAUGCUUUUCGAUAGCUGGCAUUCUGCCAUGUUUGGGUAGAGUAUACGAAUAGCCAAUGAAAAGGGGAGUUGCUUCGAGUCCACACCGCGCUGAACCAAUCAUCUGCUGAAUGAGAACCAAGUAGCAAACAACUGCAUAGUAACAGGCUACAACUACACGCAACCAUAGCACGCAACACAUGAAGCUGACAGCACUGUCGAUGAGAAAAAAAGAAAAUGAGUGCUACCCCUGGCAGAAAUGCAGAUGAAGGCUCAACAGAUGAUGAUAUCUUUGACCAGACUGGCACGAGCAAGUACGAUGCCUGUGCAGUCGAAACAGCCGAUCAUUCAGUCCGCUUUGUCUAGCGCAAUGGCUUACGACAAAAUGUUGAAAAGAUAACGUUUAAAUUUCAUUUAAGAGUAACAGGGAACAUACAAGAUUAACAGGUGAUUUUUACAUAUCGUGAUAUUUAUCGAUAUUGACUGAUACGAAAAAAUAUAUCAUGAUAAACUUUUUCCCCUAUAUCGCCCAGCCUACUAAAACGACUGGUUGACUACUGCAAAUAUCCUUAAUACAAUCUAAAUGUGGAGAACUUUGAGUCUAACGUUCUGAUUAUUCAGACCCCUCAUGAUUAUGGUUCACUGGUAGAUGUUGACAUCAGUUAUGCUCUUCAAAAUGUGCUUCCAACAGAGUUUUGUCCUGAGAUCUAAAACCCUCCAGCUGGUCUAAAACUUUGGAUUCCAUCACAGACAAAAGUUUGAAAACUAAAAACCACUGUUUUCAGAAAUAAAAGAGGACCAAACUCAUCAAACUCAGUUUGAGCUCUGACAGUAAUGCGUUACUCUGAAGGGUCUUACAGGAUGGAUGGAUGAGUGGUUGGAUGGAUGGCGCAUAAUUGAGCUAGCUAGCAUUAGCUAAGGGUGGAGGAUUUCUGCUUAUCUCCCAGUGGAGGCCUCCCCCUCUGGUGGCAUUUGGCAGCCAGCACAAGAAGCUCCUGCUGCUGGCUCUGAAGGGGAGUGAGAACCAGAGAGAAAGACAGAUACGGGUACAGCAGGAGGGCAGAUGGAGUCUCAUUCUGAUAAGCUUAUCAGGGUUUCCCAUGCUCCUCUCUGCCUCUCCUCCUCACAUCUCCUCAUGUUCCUCCUUCCUUUUAUCUCCCUCCCCUCUCAUCCUCCUCUUCUCGCUCUCGAUAAAGUGUCUGUGCCACACACGAUCUCCACCUUCAGCAUCAGAGGGAGUGAAGUGUGUUUGUUUUUGAGUGUUUAGAGCACCAAUCUGCCCCCGAGAUCUCCUUCAGUGUCACUUAUGAAGCUAAAGCUUGAGCUGCCGUCAGCGCUGCAACAGAUCAGAGCUUUAGAAAAAAAAAACUCACUUUUUUUUUUUUUUGCACCGGAGCAACAGAGCUGACGACAAAUGAGCCAAACUCUGGCAGGGAAUUCCGGCGUUCACACUGGGGCGGGGCGAUCAGUGUAAUGUACACUCCUAUUAUCCAAAUUUUGUCCUAUAUGGUACAAAUCAUCAGGCAGCCUCAGGUGGAGAGAGAAGGGCAGGGAGAGGAGACAGGAGAGCAGGGAGCGGAGCAGGAGGAGGAGAGAGAAGAGGAGAGAGUGGAGAGGGAGGAGGAGAGAGAAGGAGAGAGAAGAGCAGGAAAAGGAGCAGGAGGAGGAGAGAGGACAACAGGGAGAGGAGCAGGAAGAGGACACAGAAGAGGAGGAAGUGGAGCAGGGAGAGGAGCAAGUUGAGGAGAGAGAAGAGCAGGGAGAGGAGCAGGAGAAGGAGAGAGGACAACAGAGAGAGGAGCAAGAGUUGGAGACAGGAGAGCAGGGGGAGGAGAGAGGACAGAGAAGAGCAGGAAGUGAAGCAGGAGGAGGAGCAGGAGGAGGAAAGAAAAGAGGAGGGAGUGGAGUUGGAGGAGGAGAGUAAAGAGCAGGGACAGGAGCUGGAAAGAGGAGAGCAAUGAGAGGAGCAGAAGGUGAGGUACUGGAAAGUCUGCUGGAGGCUGUUUCAGAUCUGUUCAAAAGUGUUCCAGAAAAAUUUCAGAGUGACAGAAACAGCAUGUCCUGUUACUAUGGUUACGAUGGUUACCUGCUUUCACCAACCUGCUUGUGAAACAAAAGAAUGCAGACGCUCUGUUGCUGCCGACUGUUUUUUUACUCCUAUUAUUUAACACAAAAAUGUUUAGGACUGCUUAACACUCAGAUAUUGGAUGCUUUCAACAAUUGGAGAGAAAAAGAAACUUUUUGAAGUCAAAUGGAUAUCCAAAUAAAUUAAAAACUUAAAGGAGCCUGACUGAUAACUGGUUGUAUUUUGGAUGUUUGGGCAUGGAUCACAUGCCUGCUGAUGCUCCUCAUCAUUUCUUGUCGCUGUUUAUAGACUUCAAAUCAGAAAAGCAGAGCUGCAGUGAUAUGUAAUCUCUGAAUAAUAGGAGCAGCAUGUCUCUAACGGCAUGUAAUUCUUCUGCUUCAUUAUGCAGACACUCUGCCAAUUGGCCUUUCUUGAAGACAGGAUGGAGCUGUGUCUGUUUUUGUUUGCCUCCCGUCACUGUCAGGUUUUUGAGAUUAAUCUGUGGAGGUGGCUGAUCUCAGCUUCCAUCAGCCAAUAAAACAAUCAUGUUAUCCUGUGUGAAUGCAGCUCUCCCAGUAGCUUUUUGCUACGGUCACCCACACACCCGCUGAGAUCACAUUCAGCUUUGACUCUGGGAAACGAGAAAAACACUUUUGAAUGCAAAUAGAUAGACAUGCAGGAGCAGUGAGGGAUUGGCUAGAGGAGAUGCUUUCAGCAACAGGAGCUGGUUUCACUUUGAAAUAGAGUGAAAGUGGCUUUUAGGACCACUUCAGACUCCUCCAGGAACCAGAGAUCUUUGUAUUUGACCUUCAUGAAAAACCAAAGACAACUAGGGCCCCGGUGGGGCACUGUCGGGCCCGAGCCGCGUCGCGCCGCCCCUAGCGCGACCGCCUCCCCCUCCCGAUCGCGUCACACUCAAGGUCCAAAGAUGGUGUGCGCACUUGUCUGUGGUCAUUUCCCAUUAUAAUGAAUGGGAGGCGCAGUUUCUACCAAAACACUUGCUGCAGACAAACUUCAUGUCCUAUUUGAAAAAAGUCUGGACCAUGAGUGAGGGCACAAACACAGCUAUGAUAUAUCGAAAUGGCAGGUUGCUCCUCCUUACGGUGUUGCCUGGAGAGCGAUGCGAUUGAGCCAUUGAGCGAUGGGCAGGGUUAACUUGACUUUUUCUCCUGCCUUGGGGGGGGAUGUGGAUUCCUUUAAGAAUGUGGAUUUUUGGGUCAUCUUUGGCGCCCCCUAGAACGUAAACCGUGGGGUGCAGCGUCAUGAUUUUUACAACUUUGAAUGGCCAUGGGGUGUAGAUUGGCCUGAGCAAAUUUGGUGUCAGUGGGACGAAAGCCUUAGGAGGAGUUAGCCACAUUCCAAUGUGUGCGAAUCGGCAAAAAAUGCAAAAUAGCCCUUUAACCGUACAUUUGACAGAUACGCGCGCAUUGACUUUUUUGUAGAUCUUAUUGAGAUACAUAUGUGUGUCAAUUUUUGUGUCAAUAUGAUAAAGCGUACAGGCGUGACAGUCAAUAGUGUGAAUUUCCACCUUAGGGGACAAGAAAAAAUGGACUUUUUUCUCCUGCCAUGGGGGGGCGCUCUUUUGGGGAGUAAAAAUUCCUUCACAAAUGUGUUGAUGGCUGGACAUUGCAUCAUCCUAGAAAACUUGGAGGCCAGUGAGGACAAAAAUAAAAAGUUAUAAGACUUUUAAAUAUGUGGAUUUUAGGGUUAUCUUUGGCGCCCCCUAGAACCUAAACCGUGGGGUGCAGCGUCAUGAUUUGAAUAACUUUUAAUGGCCAUGGGGUGUAGAUUGGCCUGAGCAAAUGUGGUGCCGGUGGAACGAAAGCCUUCGGAGGAGUUAGCGAAAUUCCAAUGUGUGCGGAUCGGCAAAAAAUGCGGAAUAACCCUUUAACCGUACAUUUGACAGAUACGCGCGCAUUGACUUUUUCGUAGAUCUUAUUGAGAUACAUGUGUGUGUCAAUUUUUGUGUCAUUUUGCCAAAGCGUACAGGUGUUACACUCAACAAUGUGUAUUUUCACCUUAGGGGACAAGAAAAAAUGGACUUUUUUCUCCUGCCAUUGGGGGGCGCUCUUUUGGGGAGUAAAAAUUCCUUCACAAAUGUGUUGAUGGCUGGACAUUGCAUCAUCCUAGAAAACUUGGAGGCCAGUGAGGGCAAAAAUAAAAAGUUAUAAGACUUUUAAAUAUGUGGAUCUUAGGGUUAUCUUUGGCGCCCCCUAGAACCUAAACCGUGGGGUGCAGCGUCAUGAUUUGAAUAACUUUUAAUGGCCAUGGGGUGUAGAUUGGCCUGAGCAAAUGUGGUGCUGGUGGAACGAAAGCCUUCGGAGGAGUUAGCGAAAUUCCAAUGUGUGCGGAUCGGCAAAAAAUGCGAAAUAACCCUUAAACCGUACAUUUGACAGAUACGCCCGCACUGACUUUUUUGUAGAUCUUAUUGAGAUACAUGUGUGUGUCAAUUUUUGUGUCAUUUUGACAAAGCGUACAGGCGUGACAGUCAAUAGUGUGAAUUUUCACCUUAGGGGGCGCUAUGGAGCCAUUUUGCAUUUUCUUGUUUGGGCGACUUCGGAAUAUCAAAUUUUUCACCAGGCCCGGUCGUCCUGCCAAAUUUCCUGAGUUUUCGCCAGUGGGAAGUGGGCCAUUUUCCAGUUCAAAGGGGAGGAAAAAUAAUAACUAGGACCCCGGUGGGGCACUGUCGGGCCCGAGCCGCGUCGCGCCGCCCCCAGCGCGACCGCCUCCCCCUCCCGAUCGCGUCACACUCAAGGUCCAAAGAUGGUGUGCGCACUUGUCUGUGGUCAUUUCCCAUUAUAAUGAAUGGGAGGCGCAGUUUCUACCAAAACGGCCGCUGCAGACAAACUACAUGUCCUAUUUGAAAAAAGUCUGGACCAUGAGUGAGGGCACAAACACAGCUAGGAUAUAUCCAAAUGGCAGGUUGCUCCUCGUUACGGUGUUGCCGGGAGAGUGAUGCGACUGAGCCAUUGAGUGAUGGGCAGGAAAAACUUGACUGUUUCUCCUGCCAUGGGGGUUGGGGGAUGGGGGGUGGAUUCUUUUAAGAAUGUGGAUAUUUGGGUCAUCUUUGGCGCCCCCUAGAACGUAUACCGUGGGGUGCAGCGUCAUGAUUUUUACAACUUUGAAUGGCCAUGGGGUGUAGAUUGGCCUGAGCAAAUUUGGUGUCAGUGGGACGAAAGCCUUCGGAGGAGUUAGCCACAUUCCAAUGUGUGCGAAUCGGCAAAAAAUGCAAAAUAGCCCUUUAACCGUAUAUUUUACAGAUACGCGCGCAUUGACUUUUUCGUAGAUCUUAUUGAGAUACAUGUGAUUGUCAAAUUUUGUGUCAAUAUGACAAAGCGUACAGGUAUGACAGUCAACAAUGUGUUUUUUCACCUUAUGGGACAAGAAAAAAUGGACUUUUUUCUCCUGCCAUGGGGGGGCGCUCUUUUGGGGAGUAAAAAUUCCUUCACAAAUGUGUUGAUGGCUGGACAUUGCAUCAUCCUAGAAAACUUGGAGGCCAGUGAGGACAAAAAUAAAAAGUUAUAAGACUUUGAAAUAUGUGGAUUUUAGGGUUAUCUUUGGCGCCCCCUAGAACCUAAACCGUGGGGUGCAGCGUCAUGAUUUGAAUAACUUUUAAUGGCCAUGGGGUGUAGAUUGGCCUGAGCAAAUGUGGUGCCGGUGGAACGCCAGCCUUAGGAGGAGUUAGCGAAAUUCCAAUGUGUGCGGAUCAGCAAAAAAUGCGGAAUAACCCUUUAACCGUACAUUUGACAGAUACGCGCCCAUUGACUUUUUCGUAGAUCUUAUUGAGAUACAUGUGUGUGUCAAAUUUUGUGUCAAUAUGACAAAGCGUACAGGCGUGACACUCAACAAUGUGUAUUUUCACCUUAGGGGACAAGAAAAAAUGGACUUUUUUCUCCUGCCAUGGGGGGGCGCUCUUUUGGGGAGUAAAAAUUCCUUCACAAAUGUGUUGAUGGCUGGACAUUGCAUCAUCCUAGAAAACUUGGAGGCCAGUGAGGACAAAAAUAAAAAGUUAUAAGACUUUGAAAUAUGUGGAUUUUAGUGUUAUCUUUGGCGCCCCCUAGAACCUAAACCGUGGGGUGCAGCGUCAUGAUUUGAAUAACUUUUAAUGGCCAUGGGGUGUAGAUUGGCCUGAGCAAAUGUGGUGCCGGUGGAACGAAAGCCUUCGGAGGAGUUAGCGAAAUUCCAAUGUGUGCGGAUCGGCAAAAAAUGCGCAAUAACCCUUUAACCGUACAUUUGACAGAUACGCCCGCACUGACUUUUUUGUAGAUCUUAUUGAGAUACAUGUGUGUGUCAAUUUUUGUGUCAUUUUGACAAAGCGUACAGGCGUCAGGUGAAUUUUUCACCUUAGGGGGCGCUAUGGAGCCAUUUUGCAUUUUCUUGUUUGGGCGACUUCGGAAUAUCAAAUUUUUCACCAGGCCCGGUCGUCCUGCCAAAUUUCAUGAGUUUUCGCCAGUGGGAAGUGGGCCAUUUUCCAGUUCAAAGGGGAGGAAAAAGAAAAAAGAAACAAAGAAAAACCCCUUGGGGAAUAAUAGGGCUCUCGCAGCUGCUUAGCAGCUACGCUCGGGCCCUAACUAGGACCCCGUUGGGGCACUGGCGGGCCCGAGCUGUGUCGCGUCCCCCCCCCAACGCGCUGCCUCCCCGUCCCAUUUGUGUCCUCUGGCCAUCGCCCUCUCUGGUAACGCCCAUCACUGCAAAGACCCUUUUCCUUCAUCGGCGUUUGCUGUUCUUCCUGCCAGUGCUUUUUGCUUUCACUUACACUUGCCACAGCCAGCCUCGUGAGUGCCUAGCCUAUUGGAUAUUACUGUCACCUACACAGGACAGUCAUUACCUUUCUAUUAAUACUUUGUUUUUUAAUUUCACAUUAAUUUCCAUAUUGUAUAAACAACUGGAAAAAACUUGAGCCCCUGCCCCUGUAUAAUCAUGUGCACGUCUCUGUUCUAGCUCUAAGGUGAAUCUUCACUGCUCAUGUUCUCCUCAGAAGCAGUCACCUCACUCCCCUCAGGUUACUGUACACAUGCACCAACUGCCUGCUUCAGGUUUGGAUGGAGCUUCAUGGUUGUCUUUUGGAGAAAUGACCAGUCAAGUUGUGUUUGAAAUUUGAUUUUUUUCAGGGGCAAAAGGAGCCUCUGCAUUCUUGUCAAAUAUGUAAAUAGCAUGUUUUUGCAGGUGCUAAAAACCAGACUCUGAGUGUGUGUGUGUGCGUGUGUGUGUGUGUCUGUGUGUGUGUGUGUGUGUGUGCGUUCAAGUCACAUGACAUAUUUAACCGGAUGUAGCUGCAAGACGGAGCCUCGUUGACUCUCCGUUUCAAUUUAUCUCAAAAGUGAGGACCUCAACCUAUAUACCAGUUUUUAAAUUGUGUUGAUAGGCCAAAUAAAACCAGAGUUAUGAUAAAUUAUGUCCGCGAUACUUGUUUUCUGCUUAUUUUGAUCACGUUCGGCGCUCGAUCGCGCUGUAUGAGACAGGAAAACAUAGCAUGCAGACAUUAGCGACAGGUCUUACAGGCGGAAAAGGCUUGCCAAAGGAAAAAAAAAAACACACCACAACAUCUCUCCUAUUGGUGGAAAACUUCACCACAACAACCAAUCCAAAAUUAUAUGGUGACUGAUUGACAAGGGGCGGGAACUUACGUUCUUCCUGCAAUAUGAGAAGGGAGGGAGGGACUCUCAGCAGGGAUGCAGUCUGGGACACGUAGUUGCAAACCUAGCGACUUUGUUGUUAGAUUCAAUGACUUUUCAGACCCCCUAACGACUUUUUUUUAGAAAGAAAGUGACUUUUAUCGACUUCUUCUGGAGUUUAGAGACUCUGACAUGAAGCAGGCUUUCCUUACUGAGGAGUUAGCAACGCUGCUAAGGGUGCAGAGCCACACAUGCGCUCCGAGCUCUGCAUGGGAGACUGAAGCUGACAGAGCUGCAGCAGUUAGCAGGUUUCACCCUCAGAGACCACCAGGGGUUCAUGUUGAGGCAUUUUAAAUUUUUUUUUUUGUGCCAUAGACACUGUCAGCACAAUCUGCAGUUACACUAACAAAAAUGCUGCAAAAAACAAAGAAUUAUGGAAAAAUUACACAUGGACUGACAUAGAGGAGGAUCUACACAAGUUUUUUACAUCAUGUUUUACAUCAUGCAUCAUUUACAUCAUGUUUUUUUGUAGUGGCAUAAAUAAAAAGUGACAUUUGUGAGACUAUACAGUGUUUUGUAAAUAAUUUUACAAAGAACGCCUGGGCCAUUGCCUGCAUUUUGAUGAAAAUAGAGGUAAAUCACUAUGUUCUUUGUUUAAAAUUUGCAUAUGUUUUGAAGUUUACAAUUUUUAUUUGAAGUUUAAGUUUUAAAAACAGUUCAUCACACAUAUUUGUGGUUUAAUUUCACAUUAAUUUCCAUAUUAUAUAAAUGACUGGAAAAAACUUGAGCCCCUGCCCCUGUAUAAUCAUGUGCACGUCCCUGUUCUAGCUCCAAGGUGAAUCUUCACUGCUCAUGUUCUCCUCAGAAAUAGUCACCUCACUCCCCUCAGGUUACUGUACACAUGCACCAACUAUCUGCUUCAGGUUUGAAAUGGAGCUUCAUGGUUGUCUUUUGGAGAAAUGAACAGUCAAGUUGUGUUUGAAAUUUGAUUUUUUUCAGGGGCAAAAGGAAGCCUCUGCAUUCUUGUCAAAUAUGUAAACAGCAUGUUUUUGCAGGUGCUAAAAAACAGACUCUGAGUGUGUGUGUGUGUGUGUGUGUGUGUGUGUGUGUGUGUGUGUGUGUGUGUGUAUGUUGGCGUGUGUGUAUAUGUGUGUGUAUCCUGCAGUACUCUGUACUCCUGCAGUGGCCAAAAAGACUUUUAAGAAUGUGGAUUUUUGGGUCAUCUUUGGCGCCCCCUAGAACUGCAGUACUCUGUACUCCUGCAGUGGCCAAAAUGACUUUUAAGAAUGUGGAUUUUUGGGUCAUCUUUGGCGCCUCCUAGAACGUAAACCGUGGGGUGCAGCGUCAUGAUUUUUACAACUUUGAAUGGGCAUGGGGUGUAGAUUGCCCUGAGCAAAUUUGGUAUCGGUGGGACGAAAGCCUUAGGAGGAGAUAGCCACAUUCCAAUGUGUGCGAAUCGGCAAAAAAUGCAAAAUAGCCCUUUAACCGUACAUUAUACAGAUACGCGCUCUUUGACUUUUUCGUAGAUCUAAUUGAGAUACACAUGAUUGUCAAUUUUUGUGUCAAUAUGACAAAGCGUUCAGGCGUGACACUCAACAAUGUGUAUUUUCAUGUAAGGGGACAAGAAAAAAUUGACUUUUUUCUCCUACCAUGGGGGGGCGCUCUUUUGGGGAGUAAAAAUUCCUUCACAAAUGUGUUGAUGGCUGGACAUUGCAUCAUCCUAGAAAACUUGGAGGCCAGUGAGGACAAAAAUAAAAAGUUAUAAAACAUUUAAGAAUGUGGAUUUUUGGGUUAUUUUUGGCGCCCCCUAGAACCUAAACCAUGGGGUGCAGCAUCAUGAUUUGAAUAACUUUUAAUGGGCAUGGGGUGUAGAUUGGCCUGAGCAAAUGUGGUGCCAAUGGAACGAAAGCCUUCGGAGGAGUUAGCGAAAUUCCAAUGUGUGCGGAUCGGCAAAAAAUGCGAAAUAACCCUUUAACCGUAAUUUUGACAGAUACGCGUGCAUGGACUUUUUUGUAGAUCUUAUUGAGUUACAUGUGUGUGUCAAUUUUUGUGUCAUUUUGACAAAGCGUAUAGGCGUGACACUCAACAAUGUGUAUUUUCACCUUAGGGGACAAGAAAAAAUGGACUUUUUUCUCCUGCCAUGGGGAGGCGCUCUUUUGGGGAGUAAAAAUUCCUUCACAAAUGUGUUGAUGGCUGGACAUUGCAUCAUCCUAGAAAACUUGGAGGCCAGUGAGGACAAAAAUAAAAAGUUAUAAGACUUUUAAAUAUGUGGAUUUUAGUGUUAUCUUUGGCGCCCCCUAGAACCUAAACCUUGGGGUGCAGCGUCAUGAUUUUGAUAACUUUUAAUGGCCACGGGGUGUAGAUUGGCCUGAGCAAAUGUGGUGCCGGUGGAACGAAAGCCUUCGGAGGAGUUAGCGAAAUUCCAAUGUGUGCGGAUCGGCAAAAAAUGCAAAAUAACCCUUUAACCGUAAUUUUGACAGAUACGGCCGCACUGACUUUUUUGUAGAUCUUAUUGAGAUACAUGUGUGUGUCAAUUUUUGUGUCAUUUUGACAAAGCGUACAGGCGUGACAGUCAAUAGUGUGAAUUUCCACCUUAGGGGGCGCUAUGGAGCCAUUUUGCAUUUUAUUGUUUUGGCGACUUCAGAAUAUCGAAUUUUUCACCAGGCCCGGUCGUCCUGCCAAAUUUCAUGAGUUUUCGCCAGUGGGAAGUGGGCCAUUUUCCAGUUCAAAGGGGAGGAAAAAGAAGAAAGAAAGAAACAAAGAACUAGGGCCCCGUUGGGGCACUGGCGGGCCCGAGCCGCGUUGCGCCGCCCCCAGUGCGACCGCCUCCCCCUCCCGAUCGCGUCACACUCAAGGUCCAAAGAUGGUGUCCGCACUUGUCUGUGGUCAUUUCCCAUUAUAAUGAAUGGGAGGCGCAGUUUCUACCAAAACACUCGCUGCAGACAAACUACAUGUCCUAUUUGAAAAAAGUCUGGACCAUGAGUGAGGGCACAAACACAGCUAGGAUAUAUCCAAACGGCAAGUUGCUCCUCGUUACGGUGUUGCCGGGAGAGCGAUGCGAUUGAGCCAUUGAGUGAUGGGCAGGAAAAACUUGACUGUUUCUCCUGCCAUGGGGGAUGGGGGAUGGGGGAUGGGGGGAGGGGGGAUGUGGAUUCUUUUAAGAAUGUGGAUAUUUGGGUCAUCUUUGGCGCCCCCUAGAACGUAAACCGUGGGGUGCAGCGUCAUGAUUUUUAAAACUUUGAAUGGCCAUGGGGUGUAGAUUGGCCUGAGCAAAUUUGGUGUCAGUGGGACAAAAGCCUUUGGAGGAGUUAGCCACAUUCCAAUGUGUGCUAAUCGGCAAAAAAUGCAAAAUAGCCCUUUAACCGUACAUUUUACAGAUACGCGCGGAUUGACUUUUUCGUAGAUCUUAUUGAGAUACAUGUGUGUGUCAAAUUUUGUGUCAAUAUGACAAAGCAUACAGGUAUGACAGUCAACAAUGUGUAUUUUCACCUUAUGGGACAAGAAAAAAUGAUCUUUUUUCUCCUGCCAUGGGGGGGCGCUCUUUUGGGGAGUAAAAAUUCCUUCACAAAUGUGUUGAUGGCUGGACAUUGCAUCAUCCUAGAAAACUUGGAGGCCAGAGAGGACAAAAAUAAAAAGUUAUAAGACUUUUAAAUAUGUGGAUUUUAGGGUUAUCUUUGGCGCCCCCUAGAACCUAAACCGUGGGGUGCAGCGUCAUGAUUUGAAUAACUUUUAAUGGCCAUGGGGUGUAGAUUGGCCUGAGCAAAUGUGGUGCCGGUGGAACGAAAGCCUUCGGAGGAGUUAGCGAAAUUCCAAUGUGUGCGGAUCGGCAAAAAAUGCGCAAUAACCCUUUAACCGUACAUUUGACAGAUACGCCCGCACUGACUUUUUUGUAGAUCUUAUUGAGAUACAUGUGUGUGUCAAUUUUUGUGUAAUUUUGACAAAGCGUACAGGCGUGACAGUCAAUAGUGUGAAUUUUCACCUUAUGGGACAAGAAAAAAUGGACUUUUUUCUCCUGCCAUGGGGGGGCGCUCUUUUGGGGAGUAAAAAUUCCUUCACAAAUGUGUUGAUGGCUGGACAUUGCAUCAUCCUAGAAAACUUGGAGGCCAGUGAGGGCAAAAAUAAAAAGUUAUAAGACUUUUAAAUAUGUGGAUUUUAGGGUUAUCUUUGGCGCCCCCUAGAACCUAAACCGUGGGGAGCAGCGUCAUGAUUUGAAUAACUUUUAAUGGCCAUGGGGUGUAGAUUGGCCUGAGCAAAUGUGGUGCCGGUGGAACGAAAGCCUUCGGAGGAGUUAGCGAAAUUCCAAUGUGUGCGGAUCGGCAAAAAAUGCGCAAUAACCCUUUAACCGUACAUUUGACAGAUACGCCCGCACUGACUUUUUUGUAGAUCUUAUUGAGAUACAUGUGUGUGUCAAUUUUUGUGUCAUUUUGACAAAGCGUACAGGCGUCAGGUGAAUUUUUCACCUUAGGGGGCGCUAUGGAGCCAUUUUGCAUUGUAUUGUUUGGGCGACUUCAGAAUAUCAAAUUUUUCACCAGGCCCGGUCGUCCUGCCAAAUUUCAUGAGUUUUCGCCAGUGGGAAGUGGGCCAUUUUCCAGUUCAAAGGGGAGGAAAAAGAAAAAAGAAACAAAGAAAAACCACUUGGGGAAUAAUAGGGCUCUCGCAGCUGCUUAGCAGCUACGCUCGGGCCCUAACUAGGACCCCGUUGGGGCACUGGCGGGCCCGAGCCGUGUCGCCCCCCCCCCAACGCGCUGCCUCCCCGUCCCAUUUGUGUCCUCUGGCCAUCGCCCUCUCUGGUAACGCCCAUCACUGCAAAGACCCUUUUCCUUCAUCGGCGUUUGCUGUUCUUCCUGCCAGUGCGUGUUGCUUUCACUUACACUUGCCACAGCCAGCCUCGUGAGUGCCUAGCCUAUUCGAUAUCACUGUCACCUACACAGGACAGUCAUUACCUUUCUAUUAAUACUUUGUGUUUUAAUUUCACAUUAAUUUCCAUAUUGUAUAAACGACUGGAAAAAACUUGAGCCCCUGCCCCUGUAUAAUCAUGUGCAUGUCUCUGUUCUAGCUCUAAGGUGAAUCUUCACUGCUCAUGUUCUCCUCAGAAGCACUCACCUCACUCCCCUCAGGUUACUGUACACAUGCACCAACUGCCUGCUUCAGGUUUGGAUGGAGCUUCAUGGUUGUCUUUUGGAGAAAUGACCAGUCAAGUUGUGUUUGAAAUUUGAUUUUUUUCAGGGGCAAAAGGAGCCUCUGCAUUCUUGUCAAAUAUGUAAAUAGCAUGUUUUUGCAGGUGCUAAAAACCAGACUCUGAGUGUGUGUGUGUGUGUGUGUGUGUGUGUGUGUGUGUGUGCGUGUGUGUGUGUCUGUGUGUGCGUUCAAGUCACAUGACAUAUUUAACCGGAUGUAGCUGCAAGACGGAGCCUCGGUGACUCUCCGUUUCAACUUAUCUCAAAAGUGAGGACCUCAACCUAUAUACCAGUUUUUAAAUUGUGUUGAUAGGCCAAAUAAAACCAGAGUUAUGAUAAAUUAUGUCCGCGAUACUUUUUUUCUGCUUAUUUUGAUCACGUUCGGCGCUCAAUCGCGCUGUAUGAGACAGAAAAACAUAGCAUGCAGACAUUAGCGACAGGUCUUACAGGCGGAAAAGGCUUGCCAAAAGAAAAAAAAAACACACCACAACAUCUCUCCUAUUGGUGGAUACUUCACCACAACAACCAAUCCAAAAUUAUAUGGUGACUGAUUGACAAGGGGCGGGCGCUUACGUUCUUCCUGCAACAUGAGAAGGGAGGGAGGGACUCUCAGCAGGGAUGCAGUCUGGGACACGUAGUUGCAAACCUAGCGACUUUGUUGUUAGAUUCAAUGACUUUUCAGACCCCCUAACGACUUUUUUUUAGAAAGAAAGGGACUUUUAUCGACUUCUUCUGGAGUUUAGAGACUCUGACAUGAAGCAGGCUUUCCUUACUGAGGAGUUAGCAACGCUGCUAAGGGUGCAGAGCCACACAUGCGCUCAGAGCUCUGCAUGGGAGACUGAAGCUGACAGAGCUGCAGCAGUUAGCAGGUUUCACCCUCAGAGACCACCAGGGGUUCAUGUUGAGGCAUUUUAAUUUUUUUUUUUUUUUUUGUGCCAUAGACACUGUCAGCACAAUCUGCAGUUACACUAACAAAAAUGCUGCAAAAAACAAAGAAUUAUGGAAAAAUUACACAUGGACUGACAUAGAGGAGGAUCUACACAAGUUUUUUACAUCAUGUUUUACAUCAUGCAUCAUUUACAUCAUGUUUUUUUGUAGUGGCAUAAAUAAAAAGUGACAUUUGUGAGACUAUACAGUGUUUUGUAAAUAAUUUUACAAAGAACGCCUGGGCCAUUGCCUGCAUUUUGAUGUAAAUAGAGGUAAAUUACUAUGUUCUUUGUUAAAAAUUUGCAUAUGUUUUGAAGUUUACAAUUUUUAUUUGAAGUUUAAGUUUUAAAAACAGUUCAUCACACAUAUUUGUGGUUUAAUUUCACAUUAAUUUCCAUAUUGUAUAAAUGACUGGAAAAAACUUGAGCCCCUGCCCCUGUAUAAUCAUGUGCACGUCCCUGUUCUAGCUCCAAGGUGAAUCUUCACUGCUCAUGUUCUCCUCAGAAAUAGUCACCUCACUCCCCUCAGGUUACUGUACACAUGCACCAACUAUCUGCUUCAGGUUUGAAAUGGAGCUUCAUGGUUGUCUUUUGGAGAAAUGAACAGUCAAGUUGUGUUUGAAAUUUGAUUUUUUUUCAGGGGCAAAAGGAAGCCUCUGCAUUCUUGUCAAAUAUGUAAACAGCAUGUUUUUGCAGGUGCUAAAAAACAGACUCUGAGUGUGUGUGUGUGUCUGUGUGUGUGUGUGUGUGUGUGUGUGUGUGUGUGUGUGUGUGUGUGUAUGUUGGCGUGUGUGUAUAUGUGUGUGUAUCCUGCAGUACUCUGUACUCCUGCAGUGGCCAAAAAGACUUUUAAGAAUGUGGAUUUUUGGGUCAUCUUUGGCGCCCCCUAGAACUGCAGUACUCUGUACUCCUGCAGUGGCCAAAAUGACUUUUAAGAAUGUGGAUUUUUGGGUCAUCUUUGGCGCCCCCUAGAACGUAAACCGUGGGGUGCAGCGUCAUGAUUUUUACAACUUUGAAUGGGCAUGGGGUGUAGAUUGCCCUGAGCAAAUUUGGUAUCGGUGGGACGAAAGCCUUAGGAGGAGAUAGCCACAUUCCAAUGUGUGCGAAUCGGCAAAAAAUGCAAAAUAGCCCUUUAACCGUACAUUAUACAGAUACGCGCUCUUUGACUUUUUCGUAGAUCUAAUUGAGAUACACAUGAUUGUCAAUUUUUGUGUCAUUUUGACAAAGCGUUCAGGCGUGACACUCAACAAUGUGUAUUUUUAUGUAAGGGGACAAGAAAAAAUUGACUUUUUUCUCCUACCAUGGGGGGCGCUCUUUUGGGGAGUAAAAAUUCCUUCACAAAUGUGUUGAUGGCUGGACAUUGCAUCAUCCUAGAAAACUUGGAGGCCAGUGAGGACAAAAAUAAAAAGUUAUAAAACAUUUAAGAAUGUGGAUUUUUGGGUUAUUUUUGGCGCCCCCUAGAACCUAAACCAUGGGGUGCAGCAUCAUGAUUUGAAUAACUUUUAAUGGCCAUGGGGUGUAGAUUGGCCUGAGCAAAUGUGGUGCCGGUGGAACGAAAGCCUUCGGAGGAGUUAGCGAAAUUCCAAUGUGUGCGCAUCGGCAAAAAAUGCGGAAUAACCCUUUAACCGUACAUUUGACAGAUACGCGCGCAUUGACUUUUUCGUAGAUCUUAUUGAGAUACAUGUGUGUGUCAAUUUUUGUGUCAUUUUGCCAAAGCGUACAGGUGUUACACUCAACAAUGUGUAUUUUCACCUUAGGGGACAAGAAAAAAUGGACUUUUUUCUCCUGCCAUGGGGGGGCGCUCUUUUGGGGAGUAAAAAUUCCUUCACAAAUGUGUUGAUGGCUGGACAUUGCAUCAUCCUAGAAAACUUGGAGGCCAGUGAGGGCAAAAAUAAAAAGUUAUAAGACUUUUAAAUAUGUGGAUCUUAGGGUUAUCUUUGGCGCCCCCUAGAACCUAAACCGUGGGGUGCAGCGUCAUGAUUUGAAUAACUUUUAAUGGCCAUGGGGUGUAGAUUGGCCUGAGCAAAUGUGGUGCCGGUGGAACGAAAGCCUUCGGAGGAGUUAGCGAAAUUCCAAUGUGUGCGGAUCGGCAAAAAAUGCGAAAUAACCCUUUAACCGUACAUUUGACAGAUACGCCCGCACUGACUUUUUUGUAGAUCUUAUUGAGAUACAUGUGUGUGUCAAUUUUUGUGUCAUUUUGACAAAGCGUACAGGCGUGACAGUGAAUAGUGUGAAUUUUCACCUUAGGGGGCGCUAUGGAGCCAUUUUGCAUUUUCUUGUUUGGGCGACUUCGGAAUAUCAAAUUUUUCACCAGGCCCGGUCGUCCUGCCAAAUUUCAUGAGUUUUCGCCAGUGGGAAGUGGGCCAUUUUCCAGUUCAAAGGGGAGGAAAAAUAAUAAUAAUAACAAAAGAAGGAAACUACAGGAACAAGAGGGCUCUCGCAGCUGCUUAGCAGCUACGCUCGGGCCCUAAAAACCCCUACAGGAAUAACAGGGCCUACGCCCGGCUGCUCUGCAGCUGGCUCGGGCCCUAAUAACAAACUAGGGCCCCGGUGGGGCACUGUCGGGCCCGAGCCGCGUCGCGCCGCCCCCAGCGCGACCGCCUCCCCCUCCCGAUCGCGUCACACUCAAGGUCCAAAGAUGGUGUGCUCACUUGUCUGUGGUCAUUUCCCAUUAUAAUGAAUGGGAGGCGCAGUUUCUACCAAAACUCUCGCUGCAGACAAACUUCAUGUCCUAUUUGAAAAAAGUCUGGACCAUGAGUGAGGGCACAAACACAGCUAUGAUAUAUCGAAAUGGCAGGUUGCUCCUCCUUACGGUGUUGCCUGGAGAGCGAUGCGAUUGAGCCAUUGAGCGAUGGGCAGGGUUAACUUGACUUUUUCUCCUGCCUUGGGGGGGGGGGGAUGUGGAUUCCUUUAAGAAUGUGGAUUUUUGGGUCAUCUUUGGCGCCCCUUAGAACGUAAACCGUGGGGUGCAGCGUCAUGAUUUUUACAACUUUGAAUGGCCAUGGGGUGUAGAUUGGCCUGAGCAAAUUUGGUGUCAGUGGGACGAAAGCCUUAGGAGGAUUAGCCACAUUCCAAUGUGUGCGAAUCGGCAAAAAAUGCAAAAUAGCCCUUUAACCGUACAUUUGACAGAUACGCGCGCAUUGACUUUUUUGUAGAUCUUAUUGAGAUACAUAUGUGUGUCAAUUUUUGUGUCAAUAUGAUAAAGCGUACAGGCGUGACAGUCAAUAGUGUGAAUUUCCACCUUAGGGGACAAGAAAAAAUUGACUUUUUUCUCCUGCCAUGGGGGGGCGCUCUUUUGGGGAGUAAAAAUUCCUUCACAAAUGUGUUGAUGGCUGGACAUUGCAUCAUCCUAGAAAACUUGGAGGCCAGUGAGGACAAAAAUAAAAAGUUAUAAGACUUUUAAAUAUGUGGAUUUUAGGGUUAUCUUUGGCGCCCCCUAGAACCUAAACCGUGGGGUGCAGCGUCAUGAUUUGAAUAACUUUUAAUGGCCAUGGGGUGUAGAUUGGCCUGAGCAAAUGUGGUGCCGGUGGAACGAAAGCCUUCGGAGGAGUUAGCGAAAUUCCAAUGUGUGCGAAUCUGCAAAAAAUGCGAAAUAACCCUUUAACCGUACAUUUUACAGAUACGUGGCCAUUGACUUUUUCGAAGAUCUUAUUGAAAUACACGUGUAUGUAAAAUGUUGUGUCAAUACGACAAAACAUACAGGCGUAGCACUCAACAAUGUGUAUUUUCACCUUAGUGGACAAGAAAAAAUUGACUUUUUUCUCCUGCCAUGGGGGGGCGCUCUUUUGGGGAGUAAAAAUUCCUUCACAAAUGUGUUGAUGGCUGGACAUUGCAUCAUCCUAGAAAACUUGGAGGCCAGUGGGGACAAAAAUAAAAAGUUAUAAGACUUUUAAAUAUGUGGAUUUUACGGUUAUCUUUGGCUCCCCCUAGAACCUAAACCGUGGGGUGCAGCGUCAUGAUUUGAAUAACUUUUAAUGGCCAUGGGGUGUAGAUUGGCCUGAGCAAAUGUGGUGCCGGUGGAACGAAAGCCUUCGGAGGAGUUAGCGAAAUUCCAAUGUGUGCGGAUCGGCAAAAAAUGCGGAAUAACCCUUUAACCGUACAUUUGACAGAUACGCGCGCAUUGACUUUUUCGUAGAUCUUAUUGAGAUACAUGUGUGUGUCAAUUUUUGUGUCAUUUUGACAAAGCGUACCGGCGUGACAGUCAAUAGUGGUAAUUUUCACCUUAGGGGGCGCUAUGGAGCCAUUUUGCAUUUUCUUGUUUGGGCGACUUCGGAAUAUCAAAUUUUUCACCAGGCCCGGUCGUCCUGCCAAAUUUCAUGAGUUUUCGCCAGUGGGAAGUGGGCCAUUUUCCAGUUCAAAGGGGAGGAAAAAUAAUAAUAAUAAUAACAAAAGAAGGAAACUACAGGAACAAGAGGGCUCUCGCAGCUGCUUAGCAGCUACGCUCGGGCCCUAAAAACUUGGUGUUCUGCCGGAGAUGUUGGUCUCCUGGGUGGGGAAUGUCUUCACCCCCAAUGAAGGAGCAUCUACAGUUGUUCCAACCCUCACCUUUGGUCACGAGCUUUGGGUAGAGACCGAAAGACUGAGAUUGCGGAUACAGGGAGCUGAAAUGAGACCUCUCUGGAGAGUCUGGGGUUGGCCUUACAGAAAGGAUAAAGAGCUCAGACAUCCAGAGGGAGCUCAGAGAGGAAUCACCACUCCUUCACACUAAAAAAGGUCAGUUUAAAGGGAUAUUCCAGCAUAAAAUUAAUUUAGGGUCUUACACACCGUAACACUGAGUUAGACACCCUGUUGAGAGAUGAAUGUUGCCGACCGCUUGCUUCCCUAGUCAUACCAACUUUAGUAACGACCGCACGAUAGCAAUACACAGCAGUCCCCGGAGCCACGUGCUCAACCAAAACGCUACUCUAUAGCCACAAAUAAUGCUCAGAGCAGCAUCUAACUUCAUUAACAAUACAUAUAGGGUCCUAGCCAUAGUACUAGCCACCAAACAUCUUUUUAACUUUGCCUAAUUAAAACACAACUCACCUACUUUCUUCCAGCAGCCGUUUGUACUGACCCUGUAUGUACUGUUGAUAAAGUUAGGCGCUGUUCUGAGCAUUAUUUGUGGCUAUAGAGUGGUGUUUUGGUUGAGGUUUGUUUAUGGCUACUGAGACCGCUGUGUAUUGCUAUCGUGCGGUCGUUUCAAAAGUUGGUAUAACUAGAGAAGCAAGUGGUCUGCAACACUAAUUUCUGUCUAACUCGGUGUUACAGUGUGUUUGACCCAAGCUUAAUUUUAUGCCGGAGUAUCCCUUUAAGUGGUUUUGGUAUCUGACUGGGACUCCUCUGGUCACCUUUCUUGGGAGGUUUUCUGGGCACAUUAAAACUAGGACACUCCAGGGUAGACCUGAAGCUCACAUGUGGGAUUACACUGUACAUCCUUUCUUAGAGUUCCUUGGAGUUCAGUGCUGUCCACCAAGGAGGAGGUGGAGAAGGCUGAUAAGGGGUGUGAAGUCCAGGUCAGUUUGCUUCAGCCUGGAUGGAUAUUAGCUUGUUGUUAGCUUGUUAGUGGUCCCUUGGCUUUUCAGGCACACAUGGAUACACACACCGGCCUCCUUCUGCUCCUCUCCAUACAAAAUCAUUUGCUUUAUUUUACAGGUGAAGCUGCAGAGUGACCGUAUGUAAAAGCUUGCUGCAUGUGUGUGUGUGUCUGUGCUAGUGUAUGUGUGUGUCAAUGCAUAGUGUGUGAGUGUGUGCCCAAGUUGCUGAUGCAGCAGCGAUACCAGGUGUAAUAGAGUGAGACCCUUUUACAGAAGUCAGCCUCUAAUGCACCGCGGCAUGCACACACACACACACACACACACACACACACACACACACACACACACACACACACACACACACACACACACUCUCAUACAUUUUCAUGCAGAGCCAAAGACCCUCUUUGUGGCUGCUGCAGGAACAAAAUGUUAAACAGUUUUGAUGAUGUUAAAUGUGACACACACACCCGCACUCUGUCUCUCUAUUCUCCGUCACACACUCAUCGUCUUAAUGUUUUUUCUCUCCAGAGGAUCUUCCACGUCUGACUAUGAGUGUGUGAGUGUGGAAGGAGGAGUAGAAAUGAUUUAAAAAAGAAGGAUGUAAAGGGUUAAAACAGUUAUGAAAGAAUCAAUGAAGUGCAGCAGGAUGUAGUCUGGGAGGAACAGUUUUUUAUCCAUGGCUGGGAUUAAAAAGGAGGUGGAGGGAGGGAUAGAGAGUAUAAGGUGGGGGAGAGGAGGAGGAGGAGGAGGAGGAGAGCUGAAAGAAGCUCUUUGAUUUUUAAUCAAACAGUUUUUGGUCCGAGCCCCUCAUUCAAAAUAUUCCAGCCUGAGCUCUCAUGGUGUUUGCCCUGUAAAGACUUUAGAGGGUGUCGUUUCGGGGGAGAACUUUCAGAGACCCUGGUCUAAACUUCGCCAUCAGAAAAAAAUCUGAUGAGUUGUUUUACUUUGGUUAGAUCUAUGCUGUAUUCAUGGAUGUUUUUACACCUUUACCUUGGUGUAAACAGCUCUCAACCUCUAACAGCAUCCCUGUUUUCCUACAGAUGCUGUGCAGCAUGUUAUACUUGACAUCAGCUGUUUGAGUCACAAAGUGCCAAAGUCUUGAGUCUUUUGCAGAAAAACAGUUUUUAUGAAUAUCCCUGUCACCCUCAGUGGCUUUAUAUCCUUGUCAGACAAUAACCGUGGGACCUGUUGUAGCAUUGGACUCUUCCUGUUGUUUUGAGUCGGCACUUAUAUCUCACAGUAAUUCACCUGUUUACAUUUCCACCCGUUGUGACAACCAGUGGUGUCUUCUUGACAGCUUUUUUACUCACUUUUUCGCUUCUUCUCUCUUUUGUGUUGUCAUUCAUUCUGUCUUUUUAUGUUUUUAUCUUUCUUUUCAAUUUCUUAAACCUUUUGGCCCUGACUCAUCUCUGCUGGGUUUAUUUACACUUUUAGUUAAAGGUCAUAUAAGUACGGAGGAGGAUAAGGGCCGCAUGAAGGGGAAAAAAAAUAAUUAAAGGAAAGAGAUAAAAGUCCAAAUUUCAAUAUUAAAGUUCAAAUUUCGAGAUAAAAAAAAUCAACAUUGUGUCAAUUAAGUCAAAAUUUCAAGAUUAAAUCUUGAAAUUUUCGAGAUUAAAGUUUAAUUUCGAGUUUACAAAAUGUUGUGGAUAAUGAAGAAAUUUCCAGAUGAAAAAAAAAAAUAAUUUUAUUUCGAGAUUAAAGUCCACAUGAAUCCCAAUUUCGACUUUUAAUCUCGAAAAUUUGGUCUUAAUCUCGAGAUGGCAAUUUAAAAAAAUCUUUCUCCGAUUAUUUAAUUUUUUUCAACAUUAAAGUCGAAACGUUGAGAUUAAAAGAAUCGAAAUUAUGUCAAAAGAAUCAAAAUUAUGUCAAUAAAGACGAAAUUUUGAGAUAUAAGUCAAAAUAUUGAGGUUACGAAAUGUUGUAAAUAGUGUAGAAAUAUCUAGACUAAAAAAAUAAAAAUUUUGACAUUAGAGUUUAAAUUUCGAGAUUAAAGUCGAAAUUUUGACUUUUUAAAAUUUCGACUUAAAUCUUGAAAUUUUGACUUUAAUCUUGAAAUGGAAAUUAAAAAAAAAUCUCCCCCUUUUAUUAUUUUUUUCCCUCCUUGUGACUCUAAUCCUCUUUCAUAUAUAAGGGAGUUUCAGUUGGCUUUUGAGUAUCAUAAAAAUUACAUGAGGCAUGAGGUAACGAGGCAAAAUUCUGAUUUUUCUGAUUUUUGGAGUCUCUGUGUUGAUUAAAUUAAAAUUUUCCUGAAGCAGAAUUCUUAUGCAAUUUUUUAGACAAAACUUUUUAAAGCUCUGACUCUAAAUUUGGCUCAAAGAGGGAGAAACAGGAGAUUUGAUAAACCUUCCAGAGGCUGCUGGCUGUAAAAUGAAUGAAGAGAAGGAGGAGGAGGAAGAAGAUGAAGAAGAGGAGGAGAAGGAGAAGGGGGAGUGUUAGGGUUCUGCUUUAUAAAUGUCGCAGUGCUGGCAGACCCUCAACCUUUGCCCAGAAAAAACACACAUACACACACACACACACUCACAAAUACACUGUUGGGUUAAUGCCAUAAUGAAGUGGUCCCUGAAAUGAGGACCAACCGUUCACCAGAAAAUAAGUUAUACUUGGACACACACACACACACACACACACACACACACACACGGUAAAAUAAAAGUGUCCACUGAAACUCAAACCCUGGCAGCAGUGUUCCCCUCUAUUAACCUCUUUUUUGUCCCUCUCCUGCCUCGUAUAUCUUCUUUCUCUCUCUUGUAUCCAUUAAUAAAUUAAAGCAAGAUGGUCACUGGUUUGUGCUGUGGAUGUGCAGGGCAUUCUGGGUAAAUCGCCGCUGUCUCUCUCUGUCCCUCUUCAGGUGACGGGACGCUCCGAGUUUGGGAUAUAAAAGCAGCUGCGUGCCGAUUGGCUGUUCCAGCUCACAAAGCUGAGAUCCUCAGCUGUGAUUGGUGUAAAUAUGACCAGGUAAACACCCACCUUUUGAAUCUAGUGUUACUUAAUGUUACUCACUGAAUCCAGAUGUUUCUGGGUACUGGUAAGUCCAUCAGCCAUCAACAGACCCUCCUGUUUAGCAUGGAUCAGCCUGCUGUUGAGGCAUCAAAACGAUCCCUCAGGGUAUUAAGGAUAUAAACAUAACAACAGGAUUCUCAAUUAAAGUGAUUUUUCUGUGAUUUUUGUAGAAUAUUGUGGCCACAGGCUCGGUGGACUGCACUGUGUGUGUGUGGGACCUGAGGAACGUCAGACAGCCUGUCAAUCAACUCCAAGGCCACUCCUACGCCAUCCGCAGAGUCAAGGUACACAAACACACACACACACACACACGCAUGUAUAUGUACGUACACACAGACACACAUGCACACAGUCACAUCCGGCCCGGUUUCACAUGCUGUCAAGUGUCUCGUUUCAACACUUUGUUCUCGCUGUUCAGAGCAUCGUGUGUUUGUGUGCUGUGUUAGCAGAGAGUCACUGCAGGGCCUGACAGCAUCAAAACACCCCCGUGAAUGGACCUAAUAGGAGCACACAUGCACACACACUUACACACUUAAACACACAAAGAUGCACAUAUCAAACGUAUUUGCAGAGACUCCCUAAAUGCAUCUGCAGUUGUUCCUCUUCACACACGCUUACCUGAGUUCACCCAAUCAAAUGUCAGCUCUGCUCAGGUUGGGUUUUUCAGGACAGCUGUCACUUAUUGAUCAAGAGUGCCCACUUUAAAACUGUGAAUGUGUGUGUGAGUUUGUGUGCACUGCAGAUCUGUCAGUUUGUAUUGAUUAACCGGAGGAGAAAAGAGGAGGUGACGAUCAGCAGAGGAAGAGAAAAGAGAUAAAAAUAAACUGAAGGAGUGAAACAUUUAUAGUUUGCUUCUGUUUCUGGUUUUAUUCUCUCAACAUUAAUCGAAUAUCAGACGCAAACAUCGAUCAUAGUUGACACAUUUUACCUGCUUCAGUCUCGAUUAUCAAACAUACACUCUGAUAAAUAACUACUGAUAUGUCAACCAAAAAAAAAAGGGUUCAAGCUAAAUGUUGGCAUCAUUGUGUGAAAGUCUGAGUGAGCUAAUGGUUCAACAGUGUCAGAAUAACGUACCUGAGUCUCAAAAGUGAAAGAAUGAGUGGAUUUCAUCAUCUACAGUACAUAAUAUCAUUAAAAGAUUCCAGACUCAUUAAAAGACACCAAAAACAGAACAAAGGAGACCCUGAAGUGUGUGUAACACAAAAGCAAAGAUGCAGAUUUGUUUCUCGUGGUGGUUCUUUUGUCUUCUUUGACUUUUUAAAUAUUUAUUAAAGUAGGUCUAUAAUGAACUGAGAGAGAGAGAGGGAGAGAAAGAGAGAGAGAUCAGUGGAGAGGUGUUAAAUGAGGCUGAGAGAGAAUCUGAUGAUAAGAAAGGUGAAACUGUCAGAAGCAGAGAGGAGGAACAAAUGAAGGAAUAAAUUAAUUUAAGAGUGCUUAGCCGACAGCCGCUGUGUUUCUCUCAGCAGGCUUCUCUCUGUGUCGGCACAAUCAUCCGUCUGCUGAGCAGAAAAGAGGCUGAAACGUCUGCUUUACCUGCCUCGGGUCAUUUCUUAAACCGGGAUAGAAAAAAAGAAUCUCAUCUUUAAUGUUCACAACUCUUUCUACCAGAUGAGGGAACCUCCUCUGUCUGCCGCCUCAAAGAGGAGACUUCAGUCAGACAUCAGAACAGACUGAUGAAGGUUUUAGUCAGCAGUCUGAGAGGAUUCAAAGCUUUCUUUAAAACUCAGCAGGUUUCUGCCCCAUCACUGCUUUAGAGAGAAGAGCCUCUACAUUUCUGCUUUAAACAAAUCACACUUUAUUUAGACGCAGCUGUUUGAAUGUUUGAGUCAAAUCACAAGUUACCUGGAAUUUCAGGGCUGAUUCAACUGCUUAAAGUCCCACUCCGAUCGUUUUUUUUAUCACUUAAAGUGUCCUCAGUGGUCUGUAAAUUGUGAUUAUGAAGUUUUUACCAAAAAUCGCGUUACCUGUGUCAUUUUCAAGGGCUUUUUUUCUGCAGAGCUCCAAUAGAUCAUUAGCAAUUUGUCUCUGAGUUGUGGGCGGAGACAGCACUGCUCUGCACGUUAGCUUUCUGCCUAACAUUGCCUGUACAGCAGAAGUAACAGGUAACAUAGGCGCUAUUCAGACACUUAUGUCUUUAGGGAUACGAUGAAAGAUAAUAUUAUUAGCUGUCUUACGAGCAUUGCAGUCCGCCAACGCACACACUUGAUCCGUGAUCGUCCUCUGGAUUUCUCCUCUCUAUGCAGAAUGUGGCCUGCUUAGCGGGGCUCCGGGGGCGGAGCUUGGAUUGGUUACGUAUGAAAUCUUACUGUUUUUGAACCUGCUGUUUGGGUCUGCCAGAGAUUGGAAUGAAGAAAGACUCAGAAAAGAAAUUUUGCAUUUAGUUUCACAUGUAAAAAAAAAGAAAAACAUGAUUUUCAUCGGAGUGGGUCUUUAAAACACCUUUACAUUAACUGACAGUGAGGAUCUUUAACUUCUUGGUUAUGACAUUAUGUCUCAGUCUGACUCUCUUUUUCUCUUUGGGUUAUAAACUCAGGGGUGUGAGUAGUUUUAACAAAGUCAUACAUGUCAUUAUUGUUUCUCUCCUGCAGUUUUCUCCGUUCAGCGGGACAGUGUUGGCGUCCUGCUCAUAUGACUUCACUGUCAGGUAAGUCCUAACCAUCACUUCAUACAUUUUGAACCUUGAACCCUUAACCCAUGUCUGGAUCACCCUCUUUGAAAGAUCUCCAAAUCAGUUGUGGUUUCAGUGGUUUUUUCUGCAUUUGUUCCAAAAAAGUGAAAAACAAGAGGACAAAGUGUUUAUAAAUGAAGCUCGAUCAGGUUUAAUGAUCUGUGGGAAUAAAUGAGGUCGAACAGGUUUGGAUUAAAUGUGUUUGCACAAAGUAAUCUUUAGUGAGCAUUAGAGAGGAAACAGAGAGGCAGGAACCCUGCAGAGCUUUUUCUUUUCAAACGUCUCAGAGUGGAGUCACAAUAACACACACGACUAAAUAUAAUCGCUGAUGUUCAUGCUUUUACUCAGUUUUACAUGAUCGUCCUCAUCAGUGGGAGAAAACUGAGCAGAGUCAGUUUCAUCUUUGAGUUUACAUCUGCAGUCCCAGAUGUUCUGCCUCAUUUCACUCUAUGUUUAUCACACAGAGCAUCAACACAUAGAAAAAGAUCAUUUAAGGACACAGCAGUGUUGUUUGGCAUGUUUCAGAUCAUGAAAGCCUCACUGUAUGGAUGCAUGUUGGAUCUUCUCUUUUCAUGGCAGUCUCUGCUGCACCUUUGGCCUUUUCUUAAAGCACUGAAAUGCCUCAAAUGUUAGUUUUUGACGUUCCACCAAACAUGCUUGCAUCUUUCUGUGCAACCAAGGUCUCAAAAAAAGACGUGCAGGUGCAUUGCUUACUUGGAGCCGCAUAAAUUUCUGGCCAUUAGAGGUGGGAGAAAAAAACGAUACAGCGAAGUAUUGCGAUAUUUUGUCUGGUGAUAAAUUGUAUCGUCUCAUUUACCAAGUAUCGAUUUUUUUAAAUGAAUCGCUAAUAAGAAGUCAAAUCUCUGAUAAUGGAAAAAAUAAAAUUAUUGUCCAGUGAGGUUGACAGAGGGGACAUCAUAGAGCAGGAGAAAGUUAGUACAACAAAUAUAUGUAAGGUUUGCAAGAUGUGCUACAUGAAAAUAAAAUACAGCUAAAUCCUUCAUUUAGAGGAUCAUGUCAUGAUCCUGUCAUCUAAGGAUUUAGCCGAUUUUAUCAGACGUGGCCAGCAUUAUCAAGAGAUGAUUUAGGCCAAAAACUCAUUUUCGUCAAAAAAUGACUUGGGCUAGUAUUUUAAUAGGUUAACUAUAUGCUAUAUCGCAAUACUCACUGUAUUGCAAAACGUUAGAAAUUGCAAUAAUAUCGUAUCAUGGCCCAAGUAUCGUGACAACAUCGUAUCGUGGGGCGACGAUACGGCUUUCUGGCUUAAGGACCCCUGGAAGAAUAGCUUAGGCUUGGCCAAGGCUAAUGGGAUCCCAAAUAAAUUAAAUCAAUUCAAAUCAAUCGGUGAUUUCCUUCCCUCAUGGCCAUGUAGACCAAGUGCUUCACAACCCUGCUGUGUUUUCAAGUAUGACAAGAAUUUUAAUAGAGAAGCUUUUGGUUGUGCAACUGGUUAAAUCUAGAUGACACACUGUGUAAAGGAUGUUAAAGAAAAAAGGAGGAGUCAUUUUAUCAGCAAAACACUCAUAAAUAAUUAAAUAACACAUGCAAAGAUUCUGCUCAUUUUGCACACAGUGCAAGACAAGCUUUAAAGCUCAGUGCCAUCUAUUUACAGAAGUGUAGAAAAGUGAAUAAUAUCCACCAGCCAGGCUCUAGAUUGAAAGGCUCCUUCUCUUGUCGGUGCUGUGUCUGACUUAUUUUCCAAAUGUGCUCAUUUUUGUGAGGCUAAAGCUUCUUAUACAGUCUGCAUUGAAACAGAGAGGGACUCAGCUUUAAUUUAAGUGGAGCUGAUAUCAUUAAUGACAUGUAUUUUGAUUUUCAAUCACUUUAAGUCCAUCCUUUAAGACAUUUAUGGUGUUUCACUGACAGAAGCAGCAUUAAAGUUGAGUAACAAUAAUUAGACAGUCUUCAGAGAGGAGAUGCUGUGCUUGUCUUUUCGUGAGUGUUUGGAGGACAGACAGCUUUUCUUAUGUGAGUGUUUAAUGUAGGACAUCUGUACGUGUAUUAUUACCUCACACUCUUUCCUUUGUUACCAAACAGGAUGGAUGGUAAUGUUGAGUCAGGACACUGGUAAUAUGUGAUCAAGUUAACUGGUGUGUGACGUAGAGAGAGAAACAUGGAGAUGAGUUUUUCUUUUAUUGUCCUGCAGAGGUUCAGUUAAUAAGAUCUCUAAUAUCAAGCACGACUGCACCUGUGGUCCUUAUGAUAAUACGCCUCUGCAUAAUCGUGCGCUCCCUCCCCGUCUCUAACUCAGCGGUUUGUCUCACAGUUUCUGCAGCAGUUGAUUAAAGACGUUACCUGAGCUGUCAAACCGUGCUUUUUCUCAGUAUAUUCAGUAUAAUGUGUUUCAGUAUUGCACCAUUUUACUCUGUUUUAAAGUGCAACUAAAACCAAAAGAGUCACACUGUGUGGCUCUGACUGUGGACUGUUAAUAGACCUGAAUUUUGGACCAGGAUUGCAGAUGUCCCACACAAUAUCGAACAGUUCUGCACACCUGAUUCAAAUGAUCAGCUCGUUAUUAAGCCAUUACAGAGCUUGAUAACGAGCUGAUCAUUUGAAUCAGGUGUGUUGGAGCAGGGAAACAUCCAAAACAUGCAGGACAGUGGGCCUCGAGGACUGGAUUGAGAACCACUGGUUUAAGGUCAGUGAUAUAAAGUUUUUUGGGGUCAAAAGAGGACUUUUUCUUUAAAUUUAUCUGUGUAGGAGUCCCUCUGAAAUAUUUUCAGAUACUUAUAAAAACCGUCCGAGCCAAUCAGGGACACAAACAGGAAUUUUAGUGGACACUUUGGUUGCAGCUGAAAAUUAGACCUACAAUGUUACUGGAAAAAACAAGUCUAUUAUUAUUAUUAUUAUUAUUAUUAUUAUUAUUAUUAUUAUUAUUAUUUUUAGGUAGGGCUGAUACAAUAAUUUAAUUCACAGUCCAUAUUUUAGUCUGAAACAAUUUUCAGUCAUUAAAAGUAUUAUCGCCCUCAGGGUUCUCGGUGUAAAUAUGUGAUGCUCUUUUUUUGUUCAUCAUGAUUAAUUCAUCACUGAAGGGUUUUCUUUGGUGGGUCUCAAUAAACAAUCUAAAAAGUGUCACCUCUGGGCUCUUAAAAAGUCUCAUGGAUUAUUUUGACAGUUUAAUCAAUAAUGAAAAUAAUCAUUAUCACUGCCCUUCUGUGAGUGAUGGUACAGCUUGGAGGAUUUGUAAGUAUUAUUUGAUAGAAAUUAGAAUUGCAAAGUUGUAUUUUUUUUGUCCUUUAACAUCGUAGCAGGACCAAGAGCCUGACGUGAAGUUCAGGUAAAGUUUUCAAAUGUUCCUGAAACAAGCCAAACCUGGUUAACACAUCACUCACUCAUCCUGAUGUUUUGAAGCUUUGCCAAGUUUCAGCUUGGACUGUAACUUUAUAACAUAACACAGCAGGUAUGUCUCCAACUCUCCAUAUAUAUAUUAGGUUGUCUGCUCCAGUUGAAAAGACUGAGUGAAAGAUGGAGCGUUUGUUUCGGGGGGCUAACAGAGGAGGGAUAAAAUGAAUAAAUGUCAGGUCUUAAUUAUGUCAAAGGAUGGAGAGAGAAAAAGAAAGAUGGAGGAUGUAAAAAGCUGAAGGGAGAGAGAGGAUGGCUGGAAGAUAAAUGUGCUGAGAGCUGGCUGCGUGCCAAACGCUGUGUUUUAUUGAUCUCUGCUUUCAUUGGCUCAAAUACUUGAUGCUGAGUACUGAUUUCAUUACAGGCUGCCCUCACACACACACACACUAACAGACACACAUGGUGGGACAUCAUACCUGCCAUAUAGUCGUAGUUUUAUGCCUGCAGCUGCGAAGAAAACAGCGUCUCAACCAAUAAUCCUUAGAAACCAAUCAUAAACUUCAGAAGGAGCUUUGUUUUUAUUUUUGUUUUCGAACAAGGCGCCCUGAGGCUACAAACGGAGGAAAAAGACAGACGGCAUAAAGCUAAUGCACAGAAAUAAUUUAUGACAGAACAUUAUUAGGAGUCCUUUCAGUGGUUUGCUUAAUACAGAUGCAGUUUUUCACUAAUGCAGCUCUGUUUUGUUUGUUCUGAAGAGACCUCAGCAGUUUGGCUAGACCACACUGAUAACACCGAGGGGAGAUUCAGAGACUUAUUUUAUAGAGUGUAAGUUCUGCUUUAUUGUUACUGCUGCAGUGAUCUGUCUGUAAGCCAUAUAAAGCAGAUAAAAGUCUAUCACAAGAACAUUUUAUAGGUUUAUUAUUCAAAGCUGUGUAAAAAGUAACACUCCAACACUGAGUCUAAAUGUGUAUCAUGAGGAAAAAGGCCAAAACGAAGCGUUUCAGGCAGAGGCUGUCACUGAUAGAGGGUGAAAGAGAUAAGAGGUAUCUAUACAAAAUCUAUACAAACCAGGACCAGCAUCAAGACCUAUUUGUCAGGAGCUGGUAGGGACUAAACAGUAAACUGAAAUUGUACAAAGAAAAUCUGUUGUUCUGGAUGUUGAAAUAGUUUGAAUUAGGGGUUGUAUAAUCCUACGCAGAACAUAAUCACAGAGCUGCUUAACAUAAAUCAAGAUUCAUGUCAUUGAUUCAUCCUCAGCAGCUUUCAUCAGAAAGUCCCCACGUCGUGUCGUGCAGAGGAACUUUUUCAAACAUUGUUCAAGCGCUGAAAAGUGGCUCUAUCUUUAAUUUAAUCUCACACUCUUUCUUCUCCUUUAUUAACCCGCCCACUGUCCGUGCUGUGAGAUAAUCCUUAAUCCAUUCAUUACUGCAGUGAUAACACAGUUUUAGCGGGUUUACUUCACCCAUCUCAUUAAAACUCUGUAAAUGGGACAGAGCCGGAGCUGCAGAUUUCUCCCUCCGUGCACAUAUUCACGUAUGUUUGUGUGCUUUCUUCCAUAGCAACAUCACGUAGUUCGGUUUCCCUUAAAAGCAGUCCAAACACGUAUGAUACCAGACUCAUUAUCACCUAUUCUCCAGCCAGUGUGUGUGUUUGGAUGUGUGUGUGUGUGUGGUCACUAAUGUGUAAAGCCUCUAAGCAUUGAUCAUGACAGACUGCAUGAGCUCAUGUUACCUCAUUAACAGGAGACUCUUUACAUCAUUAGCAUCAAUCCUCUUUGUCUGCAUCCUCCUCUUUGUUCAGUGAAAGAAAAGGCAAAAUAUUGUCACCAUCUUGUGUCAAUGUCCCGGCCUUUCUACUGACCAAAACCCGUUUGAUUUAUCAAUGAAACACCCCUCAGGUGGUUUGCUCCACAGCAAGACAGGGAGUAAUGACACUGACGUCAGAUUUUCAGUUUUUUUACACAUGCGGUUUAUGUUUCAGUCAGAUGGGACAUAACACGAGACACAAAGUGGGUAUUGGGAUUCAGCGGGUCUUACAGGUGAGUAUCAUCUGCUUAGCAAUGAAAGUCUAUACCACAAAUAUGCAGGAUUUGGCCCAGAGGAAGUGUAGCAUGUAAACCGUGAAGAAGACGGGACCUAUAAUAGACCUUUGAGGGACACCAAAAGAGAGAAUCGUGCAGGAGGAGGUAUUUUAAAGCACUACAGGAAAAUAAAAUCUUAUCGGCACCUCAAGUUGUUACUGGUAUAGUAUUGUUCAUCAGUCAGUCGUUUAAAUGACACUCAAGAAAACUGAAUUAUUGCCUCACUCCAAUUAAGACCAGACAACUGAAGUACAUAUAAACACCUUAGUCUGACUAUAAUCAGAGUUUGAAAACUCCGAUUGGAACCGGAGAACUCAGAUUCAGACACCCAGAUAAUGCGAUUGGAAUUCAAUUUUCUCUACCAUGUAACCAGCGUAGUCGCAGUAUGAUUGGACAAUGCAUGUGUGCAUGCGCCACACCUCCUUAACUCCAGAACAAAAACACCAUGAGCUUGAGGAGUAGCAUGCACCUCACCUGCAGAAAAAGUAGCGCGUACAUCAUGUACGACAAAAACAACGCUGUAUGAUGCUCCAUCUUCUUGCAUGAAAAUGCCUAGCAGCAGCUGUAGCCACUCCUGACCUCUGGUACAGACCUGCUGUUGUGGUUAAAAAGACCCAGAUCGCCCCCUAGUUUGGGGGAGGAGGACACGUUCAGGUCAAUAAUUCAAUUUUCUCAGCUGCAUGUAUACGCGGACAAGGAGAGAAGUCCAAUUUAGUGAGAAAAAAAAAAAAAAAAUCAUGAACUUAGUCCAAUAAAGCUGUGCAUGUAAACGCACUGAUUGUUAGAUAGACAAAAGCUAUGAGCUUUACUAGAUUACAAGUUUGAGCCAACACCUGCAUGGAUAAAACCAAGCUAGCCCACUUGUCUUUUGGUUCUGUUGAAUUCUCAGCCAGAGGAAUUAAUAACAGAACCACUCAUGAAUCACAUCUAAAACAUCAAACUAAACCUGUUCAAAACGUCAGCCCACCUGAUAAUCUGAUGCACAGGUGUACGUUUUGUAUCACAGGGCCCACUCAUCUACCUGUUGGUGUAAUCAGCUUGUUACACCUUCCUCUGUUUACCCUCCACCUGCUCUCUCACACACACCUGCUUCUGUAGGCCUUCCUGUGUGUUCAGACUCUGGUUGUAAUGUGCAAACACUAAGAACAAAGCAGGAGCGCACAUACACUAAUAUGCAAAUACAUCCAACCACAGCCGGACUGGGAUCUAUUUAUCCUUUAACUAACCUCAAUUCCUCUCACAGCCUCCUCAGUCUGGCUUUUUGUUCAUUUGGUCAGAAUCUCAGAGUGGACUAAAGCGUUAUGUAGGUUUCAUUGUUUUAACCAGAGAGCCGCUGGAAAGAGAGCUCACUUUGUGUGGAACUGAUUGACCCAAAUUGAAAUUCUGAUAGUAUUGGUAGUAAACUCUGAAUGAACUGAGCUGUGAAAGAGAGGCUUGUUAUUUUGCUGAGAAAGAGAUAUUUGUUGGUUUCCUAAACGCAGUCAGCUCGAUGUUCCUCUUCAGGCUUGCUAUUUUUUACAGGGUUUAUUAUAGGAUUAUUUUUUGGUACCACUGCGACAUAAAUGAACUCCUGAGCACCAGAAAUCAGAAUCCAGAAAUAACAACACUGACUCACAGUUUAUGCUAAUAAAAAACAUACAUAACAAGAAUUUUCUAAAAAAAAAAAAUUGUUUAAUUUUUAAAGACUUUUUAUGUAUCUGGGUCUGUUUGCUGUGCAGUGAAACACUGAAAACAAUGAUAUUUGCCAACAGUGGUGUCAUGUCUGGAAACAAACUGCAAAUAUGCCUUCUGUGAUAUUCUUUCAGUGUAAAAAAGGUUUUUGAAUUCCAACUAUGAUCGUUGAAUUCUCAGAUAAAAGUCAGAAAUCAUUUUUUUUUCUGAACUUGAAUCUCAGAGUUCAAAAGUUAUUUAAUAUAUUAUAAGCCUUUUCUUUAUAAGAUGUCACAUUCACGGAUUUGUUCACUUCAUAAACUUGUCUAUAAGCUGUUUGACUGCUUAUAAAUUCAUAUGAAGGUUGAUCUUAAGCCUUUUAAAUGCCUUAAGAAAGCUUUAUAAAUGUGUCUUUAAUCUGUUAAAAGUGAUGGGUUCAUAUAAAGUGUUACUCUUCAUUUUGUUUUAGCCAUUUUUGUAAAUGUAAUUGUGGUAACGCUUUACAAUAACCAUAACUUAUUAAUGGUAAAUAGACCAUUUAUAAAUGGUAAGCAGAUAGUUUAUUCGUUUUUAAUCAUCAUAGCAUAUAGGCAAUUAAUAAAUUGUAAAUUUUACAAAUUUAAAAACCUAACUCUAACCAUAACCCUAAUUUUACAAUAACCAUCUAAGUAAUGUUUAUAGGUGGUUUAUAAAACCAAAUAUUAACCAUUUACAAAGUGCUACUGACGCAUAUUUUAAUCUAGAUGUUUUACAACCAAUAUUUAAACCUUUAAUAAAUAGUCCAUUAAUAAUUAAUGAAAAUUAUUAAUCAUAAUUUCAUUGCUUGCUAAUGGUAAAGUAACAAUUAACUUACAUUAAUAAACUAUCUAUUUGCCAUUUAUAAUUGGUCUAUAUGCUGAUUUUAAAUGAUGAUUCAACAAUAAUAAACUAUCUAUUUUCCAUUUAUAAAUUAUGGUUAUUGUGAAACGUUACCAUAAUUGUUUUUGUGAAUAAUAAUAGCCUUUAAAACAACAUUUCUACCACUUUAAUAUCCACCCAAAAUACUCAAGAAAGGAAAUGAAAAAAGGCUCGAGACAACUCACUCAAGACAGUCAUUCUCAAUUGUUUCAUGUGUAUACAAAUUACAGGUUCAGUGUAUUCUGUUUUUGGAAAGCCUUAUUUUCACUUUAUCUCUUUUAACAAAACUUUUGGACUUUUGAAGUUUUCGUUGACUGUAAUGAGUUCCAUUUGAAUCUUAAAACCCCAAAUUUAAGACUGUUGAGUUGGCACACCUGAAACACAUGGUCCGACUGUAACAAAACAUUAACUUGCUGUAAAUAUUUAAAGCCUUGUGGCAUUUGUAGAUACUUGUUGCUCCUUUUCCUCCCUCAAAACACUGAGCUCAUGUUUUCCCUUUCUAACAGCAGGUCAGACGUCCUCUGUUUGCUCUAGAUAACGUUUUCCACGCUUCACAGUAGCCCCUGUGUGUGUUUGUGUGACUCUUAACAUUAAUUUCCUGUUUGGAAUAAAAGCAUCAGUGACCUUAAUGGGGGCAGGAUCUAAUCACUUUCUCUACGUUUCUGUCACUUCUCUCCGUCACUAUCGUAAAUGUUUGUCACUCCUCCUGCCCUCCCUCUGCUUUUCUCUCCAUCCGCUGUGACUUAAUGAGUUUCACAGUAAUAGUUAGACACACACAGAAAGCUGACAGGUGAAUGGACCUCUCCACAGAAUGAAAUACAAUGGAAGCUAAAUAAUUACCUACCGUGAAAACUGCAGACAAAAGGCAGCGCAGGCCUCAUUUAUACAAAUAACAUGGUGUAUUUGUCUAAACUGGGACAGUCAUCUGGCACUGAACACACACUCCAACAUGAACGUCAUCGAAACCCAUAAUCUGGAUCACACAUGGAUCCCUUUUGUAGAAUAAAUUAGUCAUAAUGGAGAUCAGACUUCAUCCUCUGCAGAGGUUUGAAAGGAAAAAAGUCUUAAAAUUAAAUAUGAGUACUUUACAAACACAUCUGUAGCGCUGUAAUAGGUAAAAAUAACAGACUCUGCCUCCUCCCCCUGUCUCCCCCUUCACUGCAUUUCAUUGAGUGAGACAUCAGGCUCACUGCGGCUGACAGUAAAUCAUUCCUGUUUCUCUUUUUUAUGAAGCCAAUCAAGGCUUCAGUGGCUCUCAGCUGCAGGAUUAUCACUCCUUCCUCUUAAUGCACUGAACGAGAGCUCAGUGACACAAAUGCAUUCGUAUCAGUUAAGAUUAUUUUACUGCAGCUGCACUUCAUUACACUGCAGACUUAUAACUCUGCACUGAGGGUGAUGAAUGGGUUAGACUUAAACUGUAUGGCUUCAUUUGUGAAUGAGUGAGCGGAUAAACUCCAUACACCACACUGAGAUUAUUAAAUCCCCGACUUAAGAAUGGAAACAACGCAGAAUAUGAUAAUGAGCAAAUCAUUUAAAGCCUAUAUUUGACUGAAAACAGUGAGAAAGCAACAUACUAAUGUUGUAACUGAAAAUAUAUAUCAGGACUGUAGGCAGACCAGUUUAGCGCCAUGACUGUAAAAGUCUGUAAAUGGAGCGACUGUCCGGUAGAAAUUACAAAAAUGUUGUACUCUGGUAAGUUUUAAGAGACUUUACAAGAAUAAUGUUUUUUUCUCAAUAUUGUAGAGAAAAUGAUGUAUGAUUAUUCAUGUAAAGUGUAAAGCAUGUUCAUUAUUCUAUCUGAUUUGAAGAGUGAAUCGAAGUGUUGAUAUUUGUAGAAAGAGAGUGUAUCUGUAUAAUGUACACCAUGUAUGGUAUAAGGGGUAGGCCUUUAUAAACAUUGCUUCUGCCUAAACCCUUUCAGUCAUAAUAUACCGAAAUUAAAUAAUUCAUUCAUUCAUUCAUUCUACUACAGAGCCAUGCUGUUGUAAUUCCUGCAGAGUGUGGUUUGUCAUUGUCUUGCUGAAAUAUGAAGGUCUUCCCUGAAAAACUCAUUGUCUCGAUGGCAGCAUAUAAUCCUCCUAGGCAAAUAAUGGGCUGUGUGUGUGAAAAACGAGGUGUCCAUGAUUUCCAAAAAGAAUGUCAAAUUUGGAUUUUUUUACGUUUCAGUCCAUCUUAAAGAAAAUGUCAAAAUUACUGAAUCAUGUUAAUAAGUGUAUAUUUUACAUUUUUUCAACCAGACUACACUAACUUUGUUAGGGAAGAACACAGUGUUGAUGGUUUCCACAAAGAGUGUCAAUUUAUUUUGGCAGCAUUUUCCACUUUCCCAGAAGUCUGUAGCUUUUUAGAUGAUUUUUGUAAACAGGAUCUAAAAGAGUCCAUGUGACAAAAAAAAUGUGACAGUCACAUUUUGAUUCAUCAGACCACAGGACAUUUUUUUUUUCACUUCCAUCCAUCUUAAAUGGACUGCAUUUGUGGAUUUUUCCAGUGGUUUCCACUCCAGAGUCCUGUCUGUUUUUAAUGCAGUGCUGCCCGAGGGCUUGAAGAUCAGGACUAUCCGGUCUUGGUUUUGGUUCUUGUCCCUUCAGCACAAAGAUUUCUUCACAUUCUCCGAAUCUUUUAAUUAUAUUAUGUACUACUGAUAAUAAAAUCCACUCAUUCUUUCAUAUUUGACACUCAGGAACAUUAACUUGUAGCCUUUCGACUAUGAGCUCACACAGUCUCUCACAGAGUGGUGAACCUCUUCCCAUCUUUCCUUCUGAGAGACUCAGCCUCUCUGAAUGUCCCUUUUAUACCCAGUCAUGUUACUAACUUGAUGGAAAUUAACCUCAUUAGUUGGAGAUGUUCCUCCAGGUUUUUUAUUUUAUUUUUUUUUUAUUUCUUAGCGUUACACAACUUUUUAAAAGUUUUAUCCCCCCCAGCAACAACAAAUUUAAAGUAAACACAUGGUUUUUUUCAGCAACAUCUCAACAUUUGAUGUUUUUUCUUUGCACCCUUUUUGUGCAAAUGUAGAAUUUUAAUACUAGACAAACCAUCAAAAUAUGCUCAAUUGACAUCUUUCACAGUAACCCAACUUAUUUGCAACUUGGAUCGUAUCAGCGUAUGAAUUCUUUUUUUAUCAAAUACAUAUAACAGAUCUAGCCUCUCAGUCCUGUUACUUUUCUUCUCUCCUCACACACUCGUUAAUCUGACUUCUCUCUGGGGAAUAAAGAGUUUUAAUCACAGUAAAGUGCCUCUGCGCUCAAGGCCAACUUCUCUAAAUCAUCCUGAAGCUGAUGGCCGACAUGUUUACUCCUCUAUCAACCCGCUCAGAUAAACUUUGUUUUACUUCUCAGACAGAUUAAGUUUCCAAUCAGUGUGAAAGUCAAGGUGCAAAUUCACAGUGCUCAUUAGGACUGAUGUAAAGCGGUCCGUUCUGCAGUAUUUUACAGCAAAUACACACAAAUACACAUGUGUAGACGUACAAUUACACACAGCGAUAAAGAGACUUAGCAGUGAUUUACACUAACAGCUCACUCAAUAUAUAAUAACUUUCAAUGCAUGACUCUCCCCAGACACCCAUCGCUCCUCAUGUGCGCGCCCACAUGUGUGUGUGUGUGUGUGUGUGUGUGUGUGUGUGUGUGUGUGUGUGUGUGUGCGUGUAUUAAUACAGGCCUAAUGGGAGCUGCAGUGUUCCCUCUGAAAAUGAUUUAAUUACAUUUGCAAAGUGGAUGAGUCUGGAAGGAGUGUUUGCUGCGUCAGGGGUUUGGCACACACACACACACACACACACACACACACACACACACACACACACACACACACACACACACACACACACACAUACACACACACACACACAUUGUCAGGACCAGGAAGAGAAACAGUCUUUCAAUUAGUCUGAUUGGCCGUUGCUGGCUGAAGUCAGGAGGCUGUGUUUUAUUGUCUCUCUCUCUCUUUUUCUUUUACUCAUUUUUCUUAAUCUCAUUCUCUAGAUUGCUGUCGUUUUCAUUUUGCUUCAUCUUUAUUAAUUAUUUUCUCCCUCUUUGCAUUUUUGUCUCUUCUGUCUCUGUCUUCCUACAGUCCUCUUUUAACUCCUCUAUUUGUGAUUCUUGAUUUAUGUUUACAAAAUGUGGUGAAGUCUUAGGUGAAUUCUUCCUCUGGACAUGUCAUGAAUUUCCAGAGUGAUUCAUCUGUCAGACUUAAACACACAUCUGAACUGUUAGGUUUUUUAGCUCAUACUAAAGCCUUGCUGUUGGAGCUGAUUGGUCAAACCAAAUACCUCUAUCUCUAAUGGAUUUGUGAUUACCUUGAGCAGUGUGUUUGUUUGAUUACAGCUGCAUCCACAGAGCAAAUGUACUGGAUAGAUGUAGGUUUGGGCCCCAUUAUUAAAGGGAUAUUUCAGCGUAAAAUUAGUUUAGGGUCAAACACACUAUAACACCGAGUUAUGCACCCCGUCGAGAGAUGAAUGUUGUCGUCUCUAGUUAUACCAACUUUAGUAAUGGCUGCACAAUAGCAAUACAGAGAGCCACACGACCAAAACCAAAACCAAAACACCACUCUACAGCAACAAAUAAUGCUCAGAACAGCACCUAACUUCAUCAACAGUACAUAAAGGGUCCCAGCCACAGUACUACCCACCAAACAUCUUUUUAGCUUUGUCUAAUUUCUUUAGCAAAGAGACUAAACACAACUCACCCACUUUCUUCCAGCGGCCACUUAUUUGUACGGAGACCUCCAGGCAAGUCCAUCGACUGCAGCAGGGUGACGCAGCUCAAGGAAGAACAUUUAUGAUCAUUUUUUUAUCAUUUCCUUGAAGUAAUUAUCAUCAUAUUAAUCAUUUUGGACUGCAGACGCGGUAGUUCUUCUGCCUUGGCAUCGCUGUCUGAUUACAUUUUCAUAAAGUAAUAAUCAUAAAUGUUCUUCCCUGAGCUGCGUCUCCAAGCGACAAACAAGCGGCUGCUGGAAGAGAGUAGGUGAGUUGUGUUUAGUCUCUUUGCUAAAGAAAUUAGACAAAGCUAAAAAGAUGUUUGGUGGCUAGUACUUUGGCUGGGACCCUAUAUGUACUGUUGAUGAAGUUAGGUGCUGUCCUGAGUACUAUUAGUAGAGUGGCUUUUUGGUUGAGUGCAUGGCUCUCUGUGUUGCUAUCGUGUGGUCAUUACUAAAGUUGGUGUAACUAAAGACACAAGCGGUCGGCAACAUUCAUCUCUCGACGGGGUGUCUAACUCGGUGUUACGGCGUGUUUGACCCUAAUUUAAUUUUACGCUGAAAAUAUCCCUUUAAAUAGCUAUGACCUGAUUAAGACCAGUGGGCCAUCUGUCUCUUGAUUGCUCUGCACAUAUUCAUGAUGUACCUGUGCCUGCCCUUCUUCAGCCUUUGACCUGUGAGAUUACAGUAAACUUCAGGAGAAGUGAGUCUGGUAUGUCAGCUGAUCUCACAGCCCUGGUGUCCUGGUCAAAUCCUUUUAAAAAUGAACAAUGAAGUGAUCUUUUUCCAGCUGUAAGCUCAAGAUGUUGUUUUCCAUGUGUGUUUGAAGGUUUUGGGACUUCAGCUUGAAUCAGCCUCUUCUGGACACUGUGGAGCAUCACUCAGAGUUUGUCUGUGGACUCGACUUUAACCUCCAUGUCCCUAACAAGGUGACACACAUACACUAUGCACACACUCAUACAUGUGUCCUGAUAAUAAUGUACAAACACACUCUGCUGUCUGAUUAUUAAUGUGCAAUAACAAAAGAUAAACAGCUGAGUCCUGAAGAUUUGGUGCUCAGGGAAAUUUGGACCCAGAUCUCAAUGGUCAUUGGAUGGAUCCUGGAUCAGGAGAAAUCUAUGUAAGCUGUAUUAUUGAGGAGACACUAACUUUCACAAAGAGCACAUGUGCUCCUAAGUGGAAAAAGUAAGGAGCACAUGAAGAACUUUGGGAGCAAUUGAUCAAAUAAUAUGUGUCUUAUUGGUCGACAUAAGUACUAUUAUUUAAAAUCAAUUUUAAGUCAAUUGGUCACAUGACAUGAAAGCUAUUGAAGGAAACAGCCUUUAUUGAGAACAUCAACCGGUAAUUUAUUGAUGGUCCCUUAUUCAACACCUGAUGUUGACAGUGAGGGUGCCGAGUAGAUUCAACCGCGCUGCUGUUGCAGAGAGUGAGAAGACACCAGUAGAUCCACAGUUAAUGUCCAUCGAAUGUCCAACCUAAAACUAACUUCACCGCGGUAUUUAAAUGAAAAAACAUUUGUUGCCUCAGCUGAUUUUUUUUUAUGCGCACAUGUGACCUUAAAUACAUUUACAAUUCGCACACAUCUAUUUUUAGUCGCAAAUGCGAGUGAAACAGUCGCACUGUCGAGCCCUGGGAUGACAGGUGUCAGGUCAGAGGAAGUACACAGCACAUUAUUCAUGUAUCAAUUUCACCUUUUCGUACUUUACAAGCUUAUUUUCAGAUUAAAGGGACAUUUCAUCAGUUUCUCUCCCAGCUCUUCAUCUUUCUGUGGAGUGUCUGAGUCUCAAAUCUCUGGACUCACACUGAUCUCUGUGUCCACAUCUGGUUCUCUGACUGCGUGCUCUCGUUCUUGAAAUGGACCCAUCCAUCAACCUGUCUUCACACCAGUAUGCUCGUGUUUACCCACACACUCAGAAACACACAGUGGCAGUGGGCUGUCAGGGGGGGCUGUGUGUUGGAUGUGUUGGGGUGAAGAAGCUCAGAAAUGAAAAGGCCACUCCUGUCUGAUGUGUCUAAUGUAGUUUUUCAGCUCCUUCAGACAGGAACCUCACAUAACCCGUUAUCAGUGUUAGUGACCAAAUUAGCCUGAAACUCUUGUCCUCUGAUUGGUUCAAGGAAAGUUUAACUCGGCUUAAAAAUAGCCUUUUGAAUUCCUCCAGUCUUUAAUAUAACGGAUUUGUAUCUGGUCAUGUAAAAGAAUAAAAUAGUUCAUAUAUUUUGAACUAUCAAGUGUGCGCAGGUCACUGUUGACUGUUUUUAAAGUUGCCACAGUCCCACCUUUUACUCCAGCAUCAGAUUCAGUUAAUUUGAAUGACCCUAGACCUGGGACGAUAAUCAAUAAAUCAAUUAACCGCACGAUAAAUGAAAAUGAACUCAAUAAUUUUUCUGGCCUCGAUAUAUCGCCAUGUGCAUGCGUGUAUUUGUUGUCCUCGUCUUACACCUCCAAACAAACUAGAUGACAAGAGGGUUCACUCUGUGCAUCGGUCUCAACACCUGGGCACUUAUUAGCGGAAUGAAAUGAAGGGAGUGAACAAUUUCGUCAGUCAUUCAGGAUCUUUGUAUCUGUCGGGGAAGGCGCCGCGGAGCGGCAAGCGCACACAGGGUAGACGGCAGUCAGUGAGCUGCAUGAGGAGCAGCGAAGAGCAAAGCCAAGUGCUACAGCUCCAGUGUGGGAAUAUUUCAGCUUCAAGCCCAAUGAGCAAGGUGCGACCAUCAACACAGUUGAGCCAGGAUGCCGACUUUGUUAAAAAAUGGCAUGCCCACCUCAAACGCGAUCACCUGCUGGAGUUUUUAUAACUGGGGAAAAAAAACAGCACCCCUAGACGCAGAACCGUUGGCUCGACAGUCAACGUUAACUAAAGUCGGAACAGCGCAAAAUGGUCUGCGCUCACAGAAAGUGUAGUUCGCUACAUUGCCAAAGAAAUGCUGCCAUUUAAUACGGUUAAAAAGAGCAUUUUCAUGUUUUUUUUGAAUGUUUUAUUUAUUUAGGAUAUUUAAUAGCUCUAGUUCUGGAUGUUUCAAUGAGAAAUAAAGGUUUAUUUGUCGGACUUAAAAGGGUGUACUUGCACUUUGAUGAUAUAUUAUCACUACAUAAGUGGUUAUUUUGGUCUAGAUAAUGUCAACAAUAAUAUCGUUUAUCGUCAAUAAUUUGUGGGACAAUAUAUCGUACAGCAAAAUUUGUUAUUUUCCCAGGCCUAAAUGACUCAAAUAUAAGACGGGAUGAGCUUUUGGUCUGAAAACGCCUUUUUCGCAUGUUUUUAAGGAGAAAUUUAAUGACACACCUGUAUUUCCUCAACCUGUACCUUUAUGGAGCCAUCUCACCUCCAUAAACACCUCUGUGGAAAAAAUCAGGGUGAGAGCUAUUCCAUGUGCAACAGGAUGAAAGUGCGUACGUGAUAAACCCUCAACAUCACAGCCUGUGUCCUCGUCGGCCAAUCAGAGGGGGUAAAUGGUCCGAUUGCUCCGUUUUUCGCGGCGUGUUCUUGUUUGUGUGUCUAACAGAGAUGCCGUAAUGAACAGCAUUGUCCUCUCUGUGGCUGUUUGAGAAUGUGUGUGUGGGAGGGGGCGGCGCAGUAAUGAGCUGUAUUGUUAGUGUGUGCUGUUAUCAGACAUGUCAUUACAGCCGAGCAGCACUCACUAACACAAAUAGCUGUGACAGCGAGGAGAGGACACACACUGUGACGUCACACACAAGAUCUCCCCCCCGUCUCCAGAUUUUCUGUUUCCUCUCUGCUGCUGACUUAGUUUUCCUGACAGCAUUUUCCUGCUUUUUAUUACUCAGGUAUUAUUAAAUGAAAAGCCCUGAGUGUAGCUUUAAAACUCUGACAGAAUCUAAUCUGUAUCGAUACCUGUGAAGUCAAGUCCAGCUAGUGUCAGGUGGAUGCACUACAGCAGACUUGGCUGCUUUAAACACUGCUGGUUGUUUGAUUUUAGUCUGGAAAUCAUCCCUCCUUCAUGCAGUUGAGAUUUUGAAGAAGUAAAAUGUUGCAUUAGCAUUUUGUCUUAAGAACCGACAGUGAACUCACACAUCAUUUCCAUAAACAUGACCGCCUGGUCCUAUAAUCCUGACAGCAGUUUAAUCUGCUGAAAACUGGAGGAUUUGACUUUAUCCGUCUCCCUCUGAGAUAUCAGACUUCUCACUUCUUCUUCUUCUUGCUGUUUUUUGUUUUCCUCUCAACUUCACUUUCCUUCAGGGUGAAAUCUUAUCUCAGAUUUUACCCUCCUUCUGGACUUCUUCCCUUACCCACUUUAGACUCUUUCCCAGCCUCCUCCUUGUUUUAAUUUUGCCCUCCUGAUAUCAGUACUAAGUUGCUCUUAGCCUCUUCCUCACCACGAUCAAUUACAAUUUUCUUUCUUUUCCUUUUUUAUCUCUCUCUCACACAAACUCCCUCCUUGGUGUGGUCUCUGCUGUUAUCCCGACGUAACCAUGUGUGUCUGAUGGAUCACCCUCCUUCAACACUGCGGGCCAAACCACACACACUUACACUGUGGACCUCUUUUUAGUGGGUGGGUGGUGUGUUAGCGUAGGUAAGAGUUGAUGGAUCGUACAGAGACGCCAGAUGACAACCAUUUACAGGUCUGUAGGUUAUUUUAGCUAACGUCCUUCAUGUGGUUGCCUGAGUUACCAGAUGGUGUCUUAGGUCAAGUGUGACUACAACUUUAGUAGAAGAUAUGGUACAAACCCACAACAGCAUCUUUCAACUAUGGAGGGGUUUAAAGAGUGAGGGCGGGAUAUGUAGAUAUUAGUGGAGGGAGAAAAAAUAGAUACAGCAUAGUACCGCAAUAUUUUGUCUGGUGAUAUAUCCUAUCGUCUCAUCCACCAAGUAUUGAUUUCUUCAAAUUAAGUGCUAAUAUGAACUCAAGUCUGUGAUAAUGGAAAAAUAAAAUCAAUUGUUAGUUCAGUGAGGUCGGCAGAGGUGACACCAUAGAGCAGGAGAAAGUUAGUACAACAAACAUAAGAGAGAGACAAAUGCAGGGUUAGUUAAGCAGUUAAAAAAAUUGUACAGAUCGCAAUAUAUGGUAUCGCAAUACUCACUGAAUCAUAACAUGUUUAAAAUCGCAAUAAUAUUGAAUCGUGGCCCAAGUAUUGUGAUAAUAUCGUAGCAAUGAGCCACUAGUGGUUCCCACCCCCAGUAGGACUCUCUAUUUUCUUGAUCCCUUAAUCAUUUUGGAUGAGGAAAAACUGUGUUAGAAAGUAAACGUUUCAUGAGAUAUAUCAGAGUAUCAUCAGCGUACGUGUUCAUACUGGCAGCUUUGUUAACACUAACUGAAGUAUUUGUAUAAUAAAGCAGUCCUGUGUUGGUAGCUUGUGUAUUUUUAUGUUGUCAUUAAUAAACCCAACAACAGGAGAUCUAAGUUUUAGCUAAAAUAAACACAAAUCGUAUUUUUUUUAUUAUUAUUUCAAAGUCAUAACAUCAUGACUAUGUUAAACAAUUUUAAUGGACAUUAGAGAGUCUCUUAAUAUCGUACAAGCUUCCUGUUCUGUCCACCGACGGUUUUAUGAGUCUCCAACAUCACUUCAAGUGUCACAGUGCUGUCACUCACAGCAGCAUUGCCAUAACAACCAAACAGCGAUAAUAAGUGCACUGUAGACUUGGACUGUUUUGCGCCUUUCCCAUUAGUAAUACAUAUCUACCACAAGCUCAUUACUGUUUUAAUUAUUGCGUCUUCAUUCAUCUUUCUCUCUUUAUUCUCAGUAAAAGUCAUCAAAAAGAAUAUUAGACUUUGAACUUUGGAUUGCUUUUAUAUUUCUUUGUCUUUAAGUCUUUUUUUUUUCUCCUAUCCCUCUCCUCCUUAUGACUCGUCUUUUUCUCUCUCUCUGUCUCUCUCUCUUUCUCUCUUUGCUGGUCGUCUUUGUGUUUUGCUGCAGUCUUGGCCCGUCUGUGUGCCUUUCCAUUACGGCCGGCUGUUAAAGUUAAUUAAAGAGGGGCAUUCCUCUUCUGGAUGGCUGACUCACUGUGCUCGGCCGCUUUGCUUACUCAUGUCCUGGAAGUGCGUUCAGCUUGUUGACUCACUGAUUCAAAGAUUCAAAGAGGAGCAUAAAGCAGACACGAGGGAAACCCGAUGAUUCAGAGGAGGGGGACACUUUGGUAAAGGAGGGUGGAUCCUGAGUUUGUGUAUGGACCAAACAUAUGAUGUAAAGAAGACCACAUAGACCAUUAUCAGCCCAUUCAUCUGGAUCUUCUUACAAGCACAAUUCAGUGCAGGAAACAGGCACGUGUGUCGAGAUUGGUGGCAAAGCAACAGGUUCAGUCAUAUAGUUUUAACUUGUUUUAACUGUGUGUGUGGGACCAAACUGGAGAUGAGAACCAAAAUCUGGAUUUAAGCUGGUUUGAACUGUCAUGAUUGUUUGCUCUUAUGCGUAAGAGUCCUGUAUUGUUGCCUUCCACUUAGUUCUGUCUGUAUCACAAGAGACAGUCGGCUCAAAUGAUGACUGAGGAAGUCAACAUAAGACAGCAUCUGUCCAAAACACUGUUACAUGAUUAAUAAAUCGUUGUGUGAACAAUACCAAUUUUUUCAAAUAAAAUGGUACAACAUACCAACCUGAAAUCCACUCACUUUGUGAGGCAGGCAGCUCUCUAUCUUUAAACUUUACAUUACUGUGACUUCCAGGAACUUUUCAGUCCCACAGAGACAAUCAGUAUAAUUUCAUAUCUGUCCAAAUCUGAAACACAAAGAUAAUCUGUGAUCAGUCUAAAAGAGUCCUAGAUUGAGUACCUAGGUGACACUGGAAAAUGAAGCUGACAGCUGUCUGGCCUGGGGCGAUUAUUGAUCAGAUGUCAUUAAAAGUAAUGCUGUUAUUGAUUCUGCUUACGGAUCCGAUUCUCUAUCACUUCCCUGGUCCAUUCUAGUGGAUUCUCUGUUUGGAAAUGUACAGCUUAUUUAUACACGUUUUCUGCCUCAUCAACUCAGAUUUUAUUUACUUAUACUUUUUUCCUUUACUGCACUGCUGAGAUGAAGAAAGCUGGCUUUUGACUGGACAUUUACAGGUCGUCUAAUCAUAAAUACAGACCAAAACAAAGAUGGUAGCCCCCUGUCGAACAGUAGAGUGAUUAUGAGAAAUUUAUUACUAUUAUUAUUAUUAUUUUUUUUUUAUCUUCAUUUUUAAGGGGUUGGAUAAAGUCUGAAAAUAAACAGAUCUUUUCUUUGGGAUUGGAAAGUUUCUGGAUGUUGCAGAAAAACACAGAGUUUAUUGUCGGAAAGUUGCUGGUCUCACAAAGCGAGUAGAUUUUACAGUAAGUCGGUACAUCAUAUCGCUCUGGUUUUAGAGCUGAUAUUAUUAUGUUUAUAUAUGUUUUUAUUGGUUUUUUAGUUUUUAACAUACAAAACACAUAACACUCAAGACACAAACUACACAAUACAAUACAGUGCGGGAAACAGGGCAAGACUGUACAAACCCUUAACAUCACUCAACCCAACCACCCACCCAGAGCUGAUAUUGUUAACUGUCCGUCACAAUUACUUCUUUGGUUGGAACCAGUUUUUUUGAUUUCCAUCCACGAUAGAGGUAAAUAUCUUCUGUAAAUCUUAAAAAAAAAUUUACACUAGCAAUAGAUGACAUUACUGCUGUUUCGUUGCUUAUUUUUAAGAGAUGAAAAGCUAAACAGGACUAAACAUUCAUGCUGUAAUAUACUGCAGGUCUUCUCUGAUACAGGCCAAAUCGAAAUGCUCAGCGGUGGUUUGCAGCUUUGCCAAGAAACACCCCAAAGAUGUGGAUAACACCUGCAGCUGUUUUUCCACACCUCAGAGCUUACUCUAAGAGAGAGAAAGAGAGAAAAAGGAGUCUCUAAAUAAAGGAUUUCCUCAGCAGGUGAAGCUCAAACACGUGACAUGUUCUGAUACAGAGCAGGAAGUACAGCCGUGUCCACGCCUUCCUCUCUGAAGUGUGUAAUCAAGUGGGACAUGGCUAUCAUCUGAAUGACAUGCCUCUAUUGAGAGGUGACUAUCAGCUGAAUUACACUCUACCUCUCUGUCAUCUCUCCUGGCUGCAGAACACAGCAGCUGAUGAGCUCCGAGUAAAAACACUCGUUCCACUUCACUUUCAGCACGACCAACAAAACGCCACUUUGUUCUCCAUGCCGUCACAGGUGUUCAGCUCUGAAACAGAGGAAAGCUGCUGCUUGCUGGAUGGAUACGAUAGAUUGUGAAUUAAUUAGUCCUGCUCCUGACUGUGAUCCAGUUCCACCCUCUUAGUUUGGGUGUGGAGAUCCUAAAAACCUGUAAAAUGACAUCUACUGAGGUAUCAGUGUGAGCUGCAAUUAAUAUAAUCCAUCUCAGGGACAGAGGCUCUUAAAAAUGUGUCACUGUUUAUUUAUACUCCUUAUAUUUGUGUCCUGAUUUCGUCUUCAUCUAUUAGGUGUUACAUAUUCCAAAAGAGCCGCAUGAGAGGAAACAAAACUCAGGCUGCUGAAAAACCGUCGAUAACAGUGAACAGAAAGGGAAGUCCAAAGAACCGUCGACGGCAUUGGCUAGCUUCACCUAAAAAAAGCUGGAGGGUAAACCAAUGAUAAUAGCCUGUGUUUUUCUCCUAUUUAAAGGGACAUUCCAGUAUUUUUGAAGUGAGGUUUAAGUGUACGCUGUACCCAAAAAAAUUCAGCUCUUUGCCAUCAGAAAUACAUUGAAUACAGAUGUGAUAUCAACAUGUAUAUCACAGGGAGUCAACCAGCUCUCUCAUCAUUCUCAUUCUCAUAGCCUAACCAUUGGACAUGAGGAAGUUAACAUUAGUAAAAUCCACUCGCUCUGUGAGCCCGGCAGCUUCAGGAGAUAAACUAAACGUGUUUCUAUCCAACAGAGAAGAUCUUUUUGGCUUUUUAGAAACUGUCAAGGAAAAAAUGGUUUCCACUAGUUUCAAGCCAUCAUUGUUGUUUACCUUAAAGCUCAGCUGUUUCCUCAUCGAUGCCCUUCACUUAAGUCUGCCAUGCAAAACAAUGAGAGGCAGUCAGCAAGAACAACAAUCAAGAAAAUAGUCAAUCAUAUUUGGGUGCUUCGUUUAAAUGUGGUAUUUUUUUUAUUUAAUUGAACUGAAAUUUCCACUUACGUCACUGAAAACAUUAAGAAGAUUCUUAAACAUUGGCUUAAUUCGUCCCUUUGAUUAUUAUCUUCAUUAAAAUUGCUUUCUAUAGAAAACUAGUUGGCCUUUCCCAAAAAUUCGUUCUUCACAGCAGCUUGACUGUGGACAUUCUCAGGUGUCGAAAUGGAGAUAACCUGCCCCAAAACCUCCAUGGCUGCCCUCUCCGUAAGCCCGGAGAGGCUUGUGGGCAGCCAUUACACUCAGCAAUUACAGGAAAAAUACAGCACUGUUCAGAGCAAAGCUUCAGGACCAUAUAGACUAAAAGUUCUCAGCUCACGAUUACCAACUGGAAAAUAGUUGGGAGUGCAGAGGAUAUCUGGACCCCUGAACUGAAGAACCAAAGUGCAUUGAGCUGCAAAAACAGAGUAUAUAAAAAUAUUAAGUGGUAUGAGUCAGUUUAUCUUUUCUGUUUUUUAAACCUCAAGGAAAACAUGAUUAAAGGUUUCAGUCAAUCUGCAUCUCUUUGAUUUGAGAUGUGAGGCCCUCCUCUAUGCUGGAUGAUGAAAGCUAAAUAUAAGAUUACACUUAAUGAGGGAUAUAAGCCAUCUAUGCAUGUGUGUUUCUUUUUCCAGGCUCAAAAAGGAGACGGUGGCAGUAAAACAGGAGGAAAGAGGAGGAGAGAAAACAGAUUUCAGUCAGAGCAGCUGAGACCAGCGGCCGGUCAGCUGUCUCUCUAAAUGUCUUUGUCCCAGACCUGAUAAUGGAGGGCAGUUAGGCUGGAACACUUUGAUGUGAGAGCUGCAUGUCUGUCUCUCAGCUCUCUGUCCUGAAGCUGAGCUUCCACAUUUCACCGAGCAGAGAGAGGAAGAACUCAGAGGAGUUAUUCGGGUUAUUUCAGCAACAGGCUUAAGUGUUAUUGCACUUUAAAAGAAAAACACUCAGAGGAACUGAGUGUCUGCUCAGCUGAAACAAACAGUCUAUUGGAUUGUGAAGGACCCUGAAUGGUUCUAUUGACUGCAAUGGUCCAGAACCUGGAGGAUAAAGAUCUCUGAUUAGAAGAUUUUAGACCAGAUGGAUCAAAUUGAGGACUUUCUGUUGACAUAAUCACAAAACAUCUUGAUUCACAGUAAUGUGCUUUGUGUAGUACGUUAUAAUCAAUCCCAUUGCACAGUAUCACUUUUCUGCUCAGUCCUCUACUGCUCUAAUCCUUUUACAAGUACAUUUGUUUCUAGAUUGCUGAACAAAAGGGAAAAGCUGAGAUUGAAAGAUAGUUUAGCUGUGAGCUGAAGAAAGAGCUUUGCAGUUUAUUUUAUUAGCUCGAAAUCUCUCCAGGAUGCACCUUCAGAAUAAAAGCAUUGUGCAAAAAUUAGGACACUCAUUAAACAGGGAAUCCAGACCUCACUCUUAUUUUGAAAUGCCUCAGGGAGGUUUGAAUGUCUACAUCUGGGAAGUAGUCUAUGGUGGUAGCCCCAAAUAUUAUAUUAUAUUAUAUCUACGAGGAGGGACAGACGCCGCUGGUCGACUACUUAUCUAAGAUCUAUGAGUACCAGACUGUGUAGAACAUGGACCUGCUCUUUGGUACGUCACCCAUUUGGUUCUGAAGUGUUGUUUUGAAGUCUACCUGUAAAGGUCAGCACAAAAUACCGACUCAACCAAACCUUCAGUUGACCCACCAGAGGCUGGCCUUUAGUAAGGAACCAUUUGUAUUAACCACCCGCCCAUUUGACAGAGUAAUUUGGUGGUCAAUGGUGGUCUGUGUGUGUCUGUAAGACUUCCUAAGACCUCCACGCUCCCUUACGUUACUGUCUCUAACAGAGUGUGUUUUGUUGUGUUUUGUGGUCUGCAGGUGGUGGACUGUGCCUGGGACGAGACCGUGAAGAUCUACACACCUGCCUGCCUAUCUGCUGGAGCUCACAACACAGCAUGACCAACAUACUAACAAGUACUGCUAUACUUCUGAGGACAUUUUCAUGAUCUCUAUGUGUUAGCUGGAGGCUAACACCAACUCAACAGUUUGUUUUAAAAUUCAAAUUUAUUUCUCUGAGUCCUACCGCUUCACUGACAUUUGCUUUGAAUUUCUGAUUUCAUCCAAACUAUUCAUUAACUGAACAAACAACAGAAGACGUGACUCAGUCAUAUAUCAAAGCAGAGCGACUUACAACACGUCACGACUUAUACUUUAUAUUUGUCUUUGUUAAACAGUCUUUCAAGCCUCCUAAGACAAAAUAAACAGUGAGAGCUUUAUGCGGUGUGAUAAAACUGUGACUUUAAUAAAGUGUACCUGUAUGAAAUUGUUCACAAAAUGUUCAAAGGAUAAGAGCAGAAGUUUGACAUGAUGUAAUAAAUAUACAACUGUGAUUUUAUGUAACUUGGUGCUUGGAUUGAAUGGAGGACAUGAAGAUAUGUCCUUUUAGCAGCUGACAUUAUAACAAUUAAUAAAAAAAAAGGCUCUACUAAAAGAAAAAUAAAACU